GGGGAGCUUAUCAGUACACAGAGAGAGUGAGUGGAAGGAGGGAGGGAGGGAAGGAGAGGCAGAAAAGAAAGCCGAGCUCUCUCUCUCCCUGUGUGCGUGCGCGCGCGCUUCUGCCUCUUUAUGGCCGGUGCUUUUAAAUAUGAAAUGCACCUUAGGUGAGGCUUCCCUGCGAGAAGGGAGAUAAGAGAUCAGGACCAUCCUUCCUGCCUGGGCUCAUUCAGCUGGCUGGGCUCCCCGCCCCCAUAGGUGAGUAGCUCCAUUCUUCCUUCCACAGGGAUGCUGGUUCUCAAUUAGUUCCGAGGAGCCUGUGUAUAUGUGCGCGCGCGGCUGCCUGAUCUGCGCUCAGGAAGAAAAGGAUCAUAAUUAUAAUCAAUGAAAUGAAAUCCAUAGCCAAGAAGAUCCUGGAGGGGCAUAUAGAGGAAAAGGAGGGGGCGAAGGAAGGGAAGAGAUCCGGAGGGGUUUUGCUCGCCUCUGCGCCUCUUUUUAUCGGUCCUAUAAAGAACGCUCUCCUUCUCAUUGUCCUAGAGAGAGGGGGGUGGGGAGCUGGUCCUCCGCCUUUUAGUCCUAGCCGGAUUGUUCCAGGGGGGUGGAUGGGAGCUGGUGGAGGCAUCGGCGGCUGCCUUGGCUGCCUGGGGUUCUUUCAGGACAGGGUGAUGGGAGGGAGCGAGCGAGGGAGGCGAGCAGCAAAGAAUGAAUGACGAGACGAGUUUGGCUGGGGAGGCAUCUUUUCCUCGCUCUCGCUCCCUCUUUCUCUCCACUGCCAGCAUCCGAGCUAGGCAGUCCCGAUCCUUUUUGCGCGUUUUGGUUGGGAGGAAGCCCCUCUUAAUUCAGAGGGUCUUGAUUUUAAUUAGCCCCUCCCAAUUCAAUGGGACUUAACUCCCCAACUCAAAAGCGCGCAGAAUUGCAGCUUUGGGGACUGCUUAACCGUGGACCUGGGAGAGAAUGUAUUGUUGCGUUUGUGAAAGGCAAUGUCUGUCUGUCUGUCUUUCUUUCUGUCUUUCUGUCUUUCUUUCUUUCUUUCUUUCUUUCUUUCGCCCCUUCCCCUCUUGCUCUGUAUUGCACUGAACCAGGAGAUUUGCACUAUUGUCCUCCUUGCGCCAAGUGGGUAGGCGCCGGAAGAGGGUUUUCCCCGGGGCCACCUUUCCACUUCGGAUUCUGAUGCCCGCUUAGCGCUGGGUGAGCAGGUGGGAAAAGAGGCGAGGCGGCGCACCCAAGCGAAAGGGCUGUAGCUCAGUGGUAAAACAUCUGAUUUGCGUGCAGAAAGUCCCAGGUUCAGGUCCUUGGUUUCUCCAGGUACGUAGAUAGACGCAUGUCACAGUUCCUGGAUAGCCGCUGCCAGCCAUCAAUAAAUAUUGAUUGGCUUUUAAAAAUCACAUCACAAAGUCCAGUCUGAAUAAGAUUAAAAUAUUAUUUGUGCCUUUCACAACUGAAGUGAGAAAGACUAUAGCUCAGUAGCUCCAAGUAGAGCUGGGAAUGUCCCCUGUCUGGAACUCUGGAGAACAGCUGCCAGUCAGUGUAGACAAUACUGAGUGAGAUGGAUCAAUGGUCUGUUUCAAUGUUUAAUACUAGGAGCCCUAAGGAAUAUGACCAGGAUCCUUUUCACGUGGUCUUGCAUCCUCCUUUCCUAAUUCUUUAGCCUUUACUAUGCCAUGAAGGCUGGUGAUGGAUGUUGGCACCUGUCUGUCUCGAGAGCAAUGGAGUGCGCCUCGAGGGGUGAAGUCAAACCGCUAUGUUAGCAGCACAAAAAAGUGACCUCCCUGGGGUGCAAGCCUGGGCAGAGUGUGUGGAGGUCCUGGGCUGCUCAGACGACAAGACCCCACCCCCUGGCCUCGCUGAUGUGGUCCAAAGGAAAGCAGAGCGAUAUAUUUGGCACCAGCUUGGCUUGCAGGAGUUGUGUACAAGGUGCCAUCCAACUGCUUUAGGGACUCCACUUAGGAUUUGUUGUAGGGUUUACUCCUUUGCCAUUUCUUCUGCUGAAGAUGUCUGGCAAGGCAGCACAGGUUUAGGACCAGAGUUUUCUUUCUAAAUGGACUGCCUUCUCAGGUGGAUGAGCCCCAUCUGCCCCUCACUUCCCUCUACAGCACAUGCAGAAACCACCCUCCUCUUGAAUUUUGGGUCUCCACUAUGGGUCUCCACUUCCAAGGCAAGAAGGUGACUAGCUGUAUGUUUUCUUGGACACAACAAUAGUGUAUUGCAGGGACUGGGAUACACGAUAACGACCUGAUUCGAGAAAGACUGCUAAUGGCUUGGGAGUUAACAGUGCAGUCCUAGGUAAAGGUAAAGGGACCCCUGAUCAUUAGGACCAAUCGUGGCUGACUCUGGGGUUGCGGCGUUCAUCUCGCUUUAUUGGCCGAGGGAGCCGGUGUACAGCUCCCGGGUCAUGUGGCCAGCAUGACUAAGCCGCUUCUGGCGAACCAGAGCAGCGCACGGAAACGCCAUUUACCUUCCCGUUGGAGUGGUACCUAUUUAUCUACAUGCACUUUGACAUGCUUUCAAACUGCUAGGUUGGCAGGAGCAGGGACCGAGCAACAGGAGCUUACCCCGUCACAGGGAUUCGACCCGCCGACCUUCUGAUCGGCAAGUCCUAGGCUCUGUGGUUUAACCCACAGCGCCACCCUAAACCAUGUCUAUUCAGAAGUUAAUUCCCACCAAGUUCAGUGGGGAAGUGGGUGUAGGGUUGCAACCUUAGAACAAUGUAGGGGUGAACUGGGACUUUGCUGGUUCAACACUAAGCUCUGCGCUGAGCAUUUUUCCAGAGGUCUGGGGGAAUGAGCUGUCUGCCCCAGCAAUUCAUCUGCACUAUGGAGGCAGUUCUAGGUUGCUUGACAGCAGUCUUGCCCGAUCUGGGACUCUCCCCAGUCUGUAAAAUUCCCCAGUCCUUUCUUCAUGUCCUUCUUGAGUGGUUUUACCUGGCUGGAAUGUGCCCUUGAACUCGGGCAAUGCUUUUUGUUCACCUUGAUGGAGGAUAGAGAGUUCUGUUUAGGAAUCAGCCUACUGUAUGAAGAUAACAUUUACAUUUGCUGCUGCACUCACUUCCGCCUCUGCCCCUGCUCCCCAUCAGAAGGUUUCCAAGAAGGGAGAGGGUCCCUCGGUGUGAAAAGAUCCCCCACUUGAGCCGUAAAUUCAGGGGCAUAUCUACCUCUUAGAGCAAGUUGCUAGGGAACAAGAUCAGGAGCAGUCCCCCAUGCCCUUAUCUCACUUUGCUUCUUGCAGAUCAGUUCUCACACCCCAGUGCCUAAGCAAAUGUGUUCAGCGAGGUUACCCAUUAAAAAAGUUAAAUAAAUGUACACCUGUAUUUCACGUGGGACCUGACAGGUAUUGUACAGACAUUAAACAGGAAUCAAAUUGCUUAUGAAGUUGGCUGCAGAUGCACCAGACAGCAGUUUUAAAGAAGUCGAGUCACUGCUGCUUACCGGGAGGGAGAGUGGAAGAGGCGAGGUUGCAAGGAGGUCAGCGCUGUGCAAACUCACUGGCAGAACCCCUGGCAAUUCCACAGCACCAACCAGCCCUCUGCCUUGUCCGUCCCACUCUCUGCCUGGUAAACAGGAGCAUCCUGCCUGCCUGGAGGUCAGGUGAGUGUCAUUGCCUAACUGCACCACCUGCCGCUGUGUUUGGCUAGAGGUAGCCAACAUGGGCGCUCUGUUGAACUGCAGCUCCCAUGUCACUCCAUGUUACCCUGGACUAGGGCCACAAGAGUACCUUCGCAAGCAGAGACAGGGUAGGCACCUGACAGAGUGGGCCCUAAUCCAUGAAAGCUUCUGCCACCACAAAUCUUUCAGAUGCCACGAAGGACUCCGUUGUUCUUGCUGCAACAGGCAAAUGGGCACCACAGGCUUGCAAGGAAUACUGGACUAGGUUGACCUCACUGUGCUCUGGCAAGCACUUCUUACGUUCAGAGGCCAGAUUGUUUAUGCAUUGACUCCUGAGUAUGGGACCUUUGCUUUAUAAAUGAAAUAUAUAUAUAAGCAGACCUCAUGGGGAUUCUCUUUCAUUUUUUAAAUCAGACAACACAAGCCAUCAACUAGUUUCAACAUUGCUGUUGCAUUGGCGGCUCUCAGAACACUCACGCCCCUGCCUCUAUAUAUAUAUGAUGUCUAAUCCAGUCCCUCUCUCUCUCGCGCUCUCUCUCUCUCUCUCUCUCUCCUCCCUAUGCCAUAAGUCUGCUUUGCUUGCACAUUGUUUUUCCUUUGCUGGCUCUCCUGCGCUUUAAAAGCCAGCGUUCCUAUAAAACCAGACCUGAUGCCUACAGCGUACAAAUGCUGAUUUACAUUUGUAUGAAUGAAUUCUGUUAUGCUGUAAGUGUACGUAGCAGCUCGCCCAUUGGCUGAAUGCAUCCUUUGCUGCGCUCAUGCUUUCAGAUCUACAAAAGAAGCCCUUUUGGUAGUCACCGCACCUAGUGAGGUCUGUGCUGGAGGGGGCUGUGGGAGUGUGUUCUCUGUGGUUGCUCCACACCUGUGGAAUGACCUUUUGUCAGAAGUAUAUCAUGCUCCAACAUUGCUGCUUUCAUUUCACCAGUGGGUGAAAGACGCAACUCUUUAUCCAAGCGUUUGAGGAGUACCAGGAGAUGGAGAGUCUGAGACUGCCUCAUUUAGCUGCUGCCACCUAUGUUUUUUUAGUGUGUUUCCACUGCAAUUUGAUGAAUGUUGUGUUUAGUCUAGCUUAUUUUUAUUGUCAGUUGUUGGUUUUCAAUACCUAUGCAUUUACCUUCCUAGGUCCUUUGGGCCAAAGGUGGAUUAUAAACGCUUGUAAUAAACAGAUUCAUAAACAGCAGGUUUCCAAGGGAGCAACCUGUUUAUUGAGCAUUCGUUCUGUUUGAUUUGUGGGGAGAUUUGACGAUGUUGGCUGUUUAAGGAGCAUUCAUUCUGAUUUGUUUCCAGGGAGGUUAGUCAACAUGGUUUCAAACCAUUUCCCCAUGGCUUUCCUUACUGUAAGCUUUUGAGGAAGAGGGGUUGUCGCGCAAGGCCUCCCAAUGAUCUUUGAGUUCCCAAACCUGAAUUUGCUGCCAGGGGACUGGAUCCCACCUGAACAUAGUGACAUUCCAGAACUGCAUGGGAAGACUGAGAACAUGAUACCACACUCACCAAACCAGCACUCUUUGCAUGCACCUAGGAGCAUGGGAUUUGGGUGCUGUUGCAUGGCUUUCGAUGCACAAACUCUAUUUAUAUUGGUGCUCAUUGACAAGCUGCCACAUACAAAUUUGCCACUUAAACUGAUCAAGUAGCAAGGUAUUUACAGUGGUGCCUCGCAAGACGAAAUUAAUUCGUUCCGUGAGUUUUGUCGUCUUGCGAUUGUUUUCGUCUUGCGAAGCACGGUGUCGGGAAAGUUUUGGAAAAGCUUCAAAAAUCACCAAAGUCUUUAAAAACCUCAAAAAAGGCUACCACACCGCGUUCUAUGAGUUGCUCCUCGAAGUCAAGUCGCAACUGUAUUAACGGUGUUAAGAAAAAGGAAACAAACUUGCAAGACGUUUCUGUCUUGCGAAGCAAGCCCACAGGGAAAAUCGUCUUGCGAAGCAGCUCAAAAAACGAAAAACCCUUUCGUCUAGCGAGUUUUUCGUCUUGCGAGGCAUUCGUCUUGCGGGGCACCACUGUAUAUGCACCCCAGACUUAAAAGGAGUUUACUUGCAGCAGAUGCAUCCCAUUUGUGACACACAAAUUUAUGAUAAAUUCCUCAAUAGCAACUGUGGUAGUCUGCCAUGGCAAGAAGCAAAGAAGAAACUUGAGACAUUGUCCCCCCUUAAAGACUGCGAUUUUGGACUAUAAGAUCUAGUGUGGAGUAGUGGAUAGCUUGUCACACCAGAAUUGGGAAGACCAAUUCAAAUCCCCUCUUGACUAUUGGGUAGCCUUGGACCAGUCUCUGCCUGACCUACUUCACAGGGUUGUUGUGAGGUUUAAAUUUGGGGGUGUUGAGGAGAAACAUAUAUGUUACCUUGAACUCCUUGGGGGGGGGGGAAUGUGAGAUGCAAAGGCAAUAAAUAAUUGCUAGACACUUGUAACCGGAGAACGUGAAGCUGAGUUCAAACUAGCCUCUGAAAUUUGGGCCCAGGUGCAGAUUUCUGCUGCUUACUGCUUCUUAGUCCUUGUUGACAGAUCGCAGUGCGGAAGUGACAGUGAAAAACAUUAAGUGCUGGAGUUAUGUCAAACUUCAGUAGUGCAGGGAGGUAGUUUUGUGCCUGGAGUUUGUGCUCUUAAUUGUGUCACCUUUAGGCAGGUGUAGGAAACUGCCUUGUACACAGACAGAAUACUGGUUUGGCUAGCUUGGCAUUGCCUCCACAGGCUGGCAGCUGCUGUCCAGAGUUUCAGGCAGGGACAUUCCCAGCCUUACCUGGAGAGAUGAGGGAGAUUGAACCCAGGAUCAUUUGCUUACAAAGCAGCGGCUCUGUCACUGAGCUGCUGUCCUUCUCCACUCCAUACGUAACCCUUUGCUUGUGAAACAUGCAAAUAAUAUUUCUUUCCAUGCUUUGCUACCCUAUGGGAGUUUUACUUGCGUUGCAUUGAAAAAUAUUUUAAGAAUUGCUUUUAGGAUAGGUUUUUUUAAUUUAAAAAAGGUCCACUUUUUGAAAAGAGCGAAGACGAGAGGACAAUUAAUUUUGUUAACAUGCCAGCAUUUGAGACUAGGUUAUGUCCAAUUCCCACAGAAAAGGUCUUAGCACUAGUAUAGCUCUUAGUACUAUUGUCCCCACAACCACACCACACAAAAUUGCUCUUCUGUGUUGCUGUUUAGAAGCUUUCUAAGUCUUCAAAUACCUAAAAUGAUCCCUGUUCCAUGUGUGUGAAUAGCAAACAAAAUAGCAGAUGAAAUUGAAAUUAACUGGCGUUCUAGUCUAAGUGCCUAACUAUGGUUUUUUUUGGUUUUUUUUAAAGUGUGCUAAUAUUAAGCUGAGUUAUCUGGCUUCGGCUUUCACUUGUUUGGCCUUUUUCUGGAUAUGCAAAGCUAGCGACCAAAUCCUCUUAAAUAAAUCUUCAUCAGUGCCUCUUAGAAAGCACAGCCCAGUUUGCAAGAAAGUCGAUUACAUCACCGCUCCCGUGAAGGAGUCCUCCUGGACGCUUACAUAUCAAUGCUCGACCGCACGCCAUGGGUUCAGAGUCCUGUACAAACAUGGAUCGCAACAAGGCUCAUGUGACAGCUGUCAGUGUUGCAAACCUUGUUUUACAGACAUUUUGGAAGGUGAAAUGUCUUGCUAUACUGAGGGUGGGGGGGGGGGAGAGAAAGCAAAAUUGAUGUAAGUUAAUCUCCACCAGUGAUUCGCAAGCAAUAGGGCAGCCAUGGCAGCAGGAGGUAUUUAGAAGAGGUAGUUUUGAUGUUCCAGGGAAGGGAGAAAUCAUCUGAUGGGGCAUGGCAAUGCCAAAUUUAGCAUGCCCACAGCUAGCUCCCACUUACCUCCUUACUUCCAGCCAGUCUGGGAGGGAGGUGGCAAUAGAUAUCAGCUUUCUCUUCCUCCUCCUCUCUGUCAGUGCUGUCCUUGCAGAACUCAAGGGGGAGGAGGAUGGGGAGAAAGCUAGAAUUAGUUUUGAGUAUAUUGGACUCCAUGACAUUCAUGUAGGAAAGUCCUGCCCAAUAUAGAUAGGUGUUAAAUGUUGAGAAGGCUUGAAGGAAGAAGAAGAAAAUUACAGGGACAGAACUACCUAAAACGUAUAGGAACAUAUUUAUGAAUGAAGUGAGGUACCAAACUUUGUACGAUGAAAGACAAGCUGUGAAGCUUUGUGUAUUCAGCAAAUAUGAUGUCCAACACUGAACAGUGAUUCUGGAUAUUGGCUACUGUUUCGUAGAAUUCUUCGUCAGCGUGGUGGGAGGAUAUAGAAUUGCUUCAUAAACUGAAAAUAUUUUUUUUUUACAGACGAUGACCUGCAUGACAUAUCACUUUACAAAAAUUUUAAACUUUUUUAAAUACAUACCCCAUCUUCAUUUAAAGAUUUUCAGAGACUUUGAGACUAAAGAUUUCAUUUUGUACUUGUUAUGGUUUGAAGGAAUUCUAUAAAGAUUGUCUAUUACGUAUGUAUAUGGUUAUCGUGCUGCCUAGACAUUGCUGACGUUCUCUUUGCAACACAGGGGUUUGUUUGCCUACUUACCCAUGGAGGCAAGAGGAUAGCCAUCAUGACUAAUAGCAAUCCAUAGUCUUAUGCCCCAUGGAGUUGUCUAAUCCUUUAAAAUAAAAAAAGCCAUUCAAGUCUGUGACCAUCACUUCUUCCCGUGGGAGUGAGUGCCAUGCACUGCCUGAAGUUGCUAUCCACAUCAAUUUUGUAUCGGCGCAAUCCUUGAUAAUUGCAGGUGUUCAUGUACUGUGCUUUUAAAUUAUGUUCCUGUAGUAUGGGGGAGUUAACGGGAGGACACCAAAAGUGGACUUUGCAAGCCUUUCUUGUUGCUAAGAGACUUUGCCCACCAUCUGUUAUGUAAUGGUCUGAAGACCUCACUGCCCUGGCUAUAUAUGUAGGAUGCAUGUACUGAUAAUAUUAUUAUUUAUACACUAUUUUUAUUUUCUUCUUCUUCUUCCCCUCCUUCCCGUUGUUAAAUCUGCAAAAAUAAAAAAUAAAAUAAUAAUAUUAAAAAGGUUGCACUGAAUCCAGUGAGUCAGCCAGGGCUACACUAUACCACACUGUGGAAGAUAAGGCUAUUGAUGAUUUCUAGCUUUGACCGCUGGGUAGGACCUCCAGUGUCAGGGACUGCAUGCCCCUCUGACUAUCAGCUGCUGGGGAACACAAGUGGGGAGAGAGCUGGCUUUGUGAGACCAGGAUGUUGGACCAGAUGGGCCUUUGGGUCUGAUGUAGCAAGGAUCUUCUUAUAGGUGGCUGUCCAAGUACACUUCAUACAGAUGAACGACACAGUCAACGUAUGAAAUGAAUACGGCUAAUUUUCAACUUGAAUCGGUUCUCACCACGCUAGUACUUUAUCUUCCAAAACUUGAUCAGUCACAUAUGCCCGCUGAGAGGACAGAAGAAAUUCCAUUCCCCAAAUUUAUUUUCCAUGUUGAUAUGCGCAGCAGAAACCAAAACCACGAUUCUAGCUCUUUUCAUGGUGGAUUUUAUCUCUUUCUCUUUCCCAGCAGGGAAAUGCAGUAAAUACAAAGCCUAUCUAAUCUCAAUCUCAAUCUCAAUCUCAGUCUCUGUGUGUGCACACUGAGAGAGGGAGAGAGUAGGGUGGAAUGCUGUUUUGGAUAAGAACAUAAGAAAAUGCACAGUCAUGGGUUUGAGCCCCACACUGGGCAAAAGAUUCCUGCAUUGUACCGGGUUGAACUAGAUGACCCUUGUGGUCCCUUCCAACUUUCCAAAUCUAUGAUUCUAUGUGAAGUGUAGGUGGGUUUCCAUGAGGCAAGACACAGUUAUAACAGCAAGAACCUUUACGGAACAAAUAGAACUGGACAACAGGGGCAAAGCAACUGCUUAUAUAUAUUUUUGAAGGCCUGGGCCACUCCCACUCCCAACUUGAUUGGCUGUGUAAACUUCCAAGCUGCGAAUCAUGACUCAGAGUUUAAGGGCCAAUGGCAGAGGCCCGAAUCCUGAAAUGUUCUGUGAUUGGAUAUUAUGUAUCAAAUCAGAACACGGGCUCAGAAUCCUUAGUCCAGACCAAGGGUCAGCAAACUUUUUCAGCAGGGGGCUGGUCCACUGUCCCUCAGACCUUGUGGGGGGUUGGACUAUAUAUAUAUAUAUAUAUUUUGGGGGGGAGAACGAAUUUCUAUGACCCACAAAUAACCCAGAGAUGCAUUUAAAAUUAAAGAACACAUUCUACUCAUGUAAAAACACGCUGAUUCCUGGACCGCCUGUGGGCCAGAUUGAGAAGGUGAUUGGGCCGGAUCCAGCCCCCGGGCCUUAGUUUGCCUACCCAUGGUCCAGACUCAAGCUCAGGCAAACACAGACCACUGAAUACAUAAUACUAUGAGAAACUGCAAAGGUCCUCACCAGCACCCUUGUGGAGAAAAGUUGUGAGAAACCAUAGAAACAGCUUGGUCCUUUGUGCUGCCCACUAUACUGUACUCCACGUACCCAAAGAUUUAUGCUAUCGAAUGACUACACAGAAGAAGCAACAGUUAUUACUGAUAGGCGACCCCAGUGGACGAGCCCCAUCUGCCUCUCACUUCCCUCUACAGCACAUGCAGAAACUGCCUUCUUGACUGUUGGACCUGUUAGAAUUCCUGCUCCAUGAUUGCAGUCAUGGGAUUGUUGUCUUUCACAUGACGGUGUAUGUUUUGACUCCACAGAGUGGGAAGUGAUGGAAACAGGAUGUUUGUGUUACUGUGUUCCGUGAAGUGGGACUAUUGUCCUUUGUUCUUUUUCUCUUUGCUGUCUGAUGCUAGAGAGAGAGGGAGCCAUGUUGCGGUGAUCCAUGUGUGUUUAUAUGUAAAUAAAGUAGAUUAGCCAAAAUGCUGAGUUGCUGAGGUCAGUUACGCAAUUGCGCAAACUCUGCGGAUCCCUGAGUGUGCCGGUGUCGGUUGGCAUCAAUCGCUGUGAUGUUCGGGCUGAAGAAAGCUUUUGAAGCUCCCAAACAAUUGACCAGGAGGGAGAGAACAUGCCAGUCAGGCAUGUGUCUCUACCAGGGUCCUACUCGAGUGUAGGCUGAGCUCCUGACAGGACCCACUAUUGGUCUUGUUCACUCAAUCUGCCAGAGCCUGUGUUUAGGUGUAGGGUAAGUCCCUAACUUACUGAGGGUUUGAGACCCAUCGGCUCCCCUCACCUGGUUUAACUGGCCAUUAGAAGCUGUUCCCAAGGUGUGGCCACUGUGACAUACUGACAGCUUCUAGGAGCCACAGGUGAGAGCUGAGUGUAGGUAUGGAGACCAAAGGUGGACAACCUACCCCAGAAGGAGCACAAUGUGCCCCCUUAUCAGAGGUACUACCCUUCCCCUAACUCCCUAUAAAACCCUGAGGUGUCUUGGCAGGAAAAAGAACACUUCCCAUGCACCUCUACUAAAGAGGGUAUUUGGAGCAGGGGUUUCUGUGGAAUAUCUUAAGAAAUGUAAUUGCAAUUAUAAAUGGCAUUUUAAAAAAAUAAAUCCCCUUUGUCUGCAUGCCUGAUGAACCCAUGGCGAGCAUUCUUUGCAAAACCAAGUAUGCAAAGCAGAUUGAAAAUGAGGAAGGAGAAAAAUGGUAGAUAGUUUUGGAUACUGCUCCAGUAGGGAAAGUAAUUUUUAGCACAUUUGAGUUAAUUAUUAUUGGAAACCUUUCUCGCCACCCCACCCCGCCCCCCUGCUGUCCCUUUUGCUCUGCUAAGUACGGGAUUCUUGUACUCUUGGUUUUGUUUCAUCUCCUUUUGCAUGCCACCCACUGCGAUUUUCACUACUCAUUAAGCGAAUUUCUCAGGCAGCUGGAACGCUAACUGGCAUUUCUGAAGAUUCCUUUCUCCCUUUGCCCCCUGAAAAGCAAGUGUUAAUUCGUGGCAUCAAAAAAGACAAUGAAUUAAUGAGGGCAAAAUGAUUGAAUGAAGGUGAGGAUCAAAGAUACUGCAGAAUGCAAAAGGAAAAAAAGGGGAAAGAAAGGUAUCCUGAUAACAGGACUACUAAGCGUGUUAUGGGCCAUACCCAAACUCAAUUACUUGCCUAUUUUGGAUAGAGAUAAAUUAAAGCAGGCUUUUAGAAUAUGGAAAGCUGUGCUAGUUGGUGACAUAUAUUUUAAAAUGAGUGUCGGGCUGCAAAGGAAGAGCCAAACACUAUGCCUUGUUUGUUUGUUUGUUUGUUUGUUUGUUUGUUUGUUUAUAUUUAUUUACUGUAUUUAUAUCCCACCCUAUUAUCCGAGGGUGAAUUAUGGUGCUGGAGGAGACUCUUGAGAGUCCCAUGGACUGCAAGAAGAUCAAACCUAUCCAUUCUUAAGGAAAUCAGCCCUGAGUGCUCACUGGAAGGACAGAUCCUGAAGCUGAGGCUCCAAUACUUUGGCCUCUUCUUCUCAGAAGAGAAGACUCCCUGGAAAAGACCCUGAUGUUGGGAAAGAUGGAGGGCACAAGGAGAAGGGGACGACAGAGGACGAGAUGGUUGGAUAGUGUUCUCAAAGCUACCAGCAUGAGUUUGACCAAACUGCGGGAGGCAGUGGAAGACAGGAGUGCCUGGCGUGCUCUGGUCCAUGGGGUCACGAAGAGUCGGACACGACUAAACAACAACAUUAUCCAAGGAGUUCAAGGAGGUGUCCAUAGUUCUCCCCUGCGCCAUGGAAUCCCCACAACAACCCUGUGAAGUAGGUCACCCUGAGAGGCAGUGACUGGCCAAAGGUCACCCAGUGAGCUUCAUGGCUGAGUGGGGAUUCGAACCCUGAUCUCCCAGGUCCUAGUCGGGCACUCAGACCACUGCACCACACUGGCUCCAUAAGCCUCGUGCCUUUCAAGAAGAGCCUUAGGGACACAGGAAGCUGCCUUGUAGCAGGUCAGACCACUGGUCCACCUACCUUAGUAUUGUCUACACUGAAUGGCAGCAGUUAUCCACUAUUUUAGGCAGGAGCUCUUUCCAAGUUGCAUCUCGAGAUGACAGGAAUUGAACCUGGGAUCUUCUGCAUGCAAGGCAGAUGCUCUCCCAUUCUGCGGUGUCCUUUCCCUAUUAUGUCCAUUGCACAGGUGGAAAACUGAGGGCGAGAUGUACUUUAAAAGAAGAUUAGAGAAAUUCUUGGCUAUUCAUGGUGACUAUUUCUCUCUCUGCUGUAUUGGCUAGGGGAGGAUGGGUUAUUGGUUUGUUUUCAUUCCUGUUUUUUAUUGUGGAUUUUGUUUUUGUUUUUAAAUCUUACAUUGCUUUGUUGUAAACUGCCUUGAGGAUGAAGGGUGGUAUACAAAUUUAAUUAAUAAAUAAUAAUAAUAGCAGUGGCUCUCCAAGGUUUCUGACAGCCCACCCUGAAGACAUUGAGGUUGGACUUGGGACCUUCUGCAUGCAAAGCACUUGCUCUGCUUUUGGACAAUGGCCACUUCUUCCCUUUCCUAGCAAGCGAAGCCUUUACCCUUCCUCCAUGUUUUUCUCUGGUUUCUGGUGCUUUUUGAUGUUCCCCGGAAAAGGCUGUUGACACACUUAUCUGAGAGGCUUGUGCAUUUAUUUUCUGUUUGCGCAGAGAGCAAUUUAGGGUGACAGAACAGAGCAAGGCUCCGUGGCAGACUGGAGAUGAGAAAUACGUCCCGUCACCCCAUGCAUAAUGCAUACACAAUUACCUAUCCAGAAGCCCUUCUGAAAUGAGCUGUUUCAAAGCUGGGUUAGAGCUUCCGCUCUUCACUGAUCCACAAAAGGUGGGCAGUCCCAUCAUCAACAUCCAAUGUAUUUAGAGCAAACUACAACUGUACGAAGACAUGGCCAUGCCAACUUUGCUGCCUCCACUAAGUUCUUGAGUAGCCUCCAUCUAAGUGUUGUGAAAGAUGAACAGUUGCUUUCGCCUACCCCAGUUGACCCAGUCAGAUCAUUGGUCCUCCUAGCUCAGUCCUGUCUCCACCGAUGGACAGCCGCUGUCCAGGAUUUCACACAAGGGUCUUUCCCAGCCCUUCUCAUACCCUCCAAGAUUGCUCCGAUGAAAAUGGGGACAUCCCAUUCCAUAACGAUCAUUUUACUAUAUAUACCCCACACAUCUUACUGGGUUGCCGCAGCCACUCUGGGCUGCUUCCAACAUAUAUAAAAACAUAAUAAAACAUUAAACAUGGGGGGGGGGAAUCUUCCCUAUACAGGAUUGCCAUCAGAUGGCUCAAGGGUAGGAGAAUGCCAUACCCUCCAACAUUUCUCCAAUGAAAAUAGGGACAUCCUAAGCACUGGCGGAGGAAGAAGAGUGGGGGGGGGUGCACCGCCCCCGGCAGUGCGAUCCCACCAGAGUGCCAUUGUGGCUGCCCCUCCCUGCACUGGGGGCCCCACCCCCACCUGCUCUCCACCCCCCAGAGCAUGAAGCUCCGCCAGUGAGCCUAAGGAAAAGUGGGACAUUCCGGGAUCGAAUCAGAAACUGGGACAGUUUCUCUAAAUCAGGGAUGUCCCUGGAAAAUAGGGACACGUGGAGGGUCUGCCUUUUAGGAGUUGAACCCGGAUCCUCCAGCAUGCAAAACAGAAGGGCGCAUGCUACCUAAAAAAACCCAUUGUGUGUUCGUCCGUGCCGUUUGGACAUACUGCAUGAUUGAUCUCAAACUGUUCAUCCGAGUGCAUUACUCAUAGGUUCCCAAACCAUAAAAUGGUCAAAGCUAUAGUAUACCUGAAGGAGCGUCUCUACCCCCAUUGUUCAGCCUGGACACUGAGGUCCAGCUCCGAGGGCCUUCUGGUGGUUCCCUUGUGAGAAGUGAGGUUACAGGGAACCAGACAGAGGGCCUUCUCGGUAGUGGCACCCUCCCUGUGGAACGCUCUCCCAUCAGAUGUCAAGGAAAUAAACAACUAUCUGACUUUUAGAAGUCAUCUGAAGGCAGCCCUGUUUAGGGAAGUUUUUAAUGUUUGAAGUUUUAUUCUGUUUUUAGUCCUCUGUUGGGAGCAGCCCAGAUGGGUGGGGUAUAAUAAUAAUAAUAAUAAUAAUAAUAAUAAUAGUUGUUAUUAUUAUUAUGAUGGUGACUGGUUUUCCAAAAUAUAUGCUCCUAAGUAAAAUGUAAAGUUUGAACUGCAACCUUCAUGAAACAGCAGGUCGCUUUUCUGUUCGCAGUGAAGAAAAUGGGCUAUAAGAAAAAUCCCAGGCAAUUAUAUUUCUUUAGCAGCCUAGCAAGCUGUGCACCUCCUUCCCAGAGCAUAAAAUAAAAGAGCUCUUAUGCGUCUGGCCAAGGCUGGGAGCAAUAAAUUGACAUCGGUGCCAUACGCGAUGGUUGGCGUGUUAGCUUUUGUCCAUUGUUAUCACUGCAUUCUCCGUUCCUUAUUUCCAUUCACCUAUGGCCAAAUGCUAUUUUUUCCCCCUUGUCUUAUUUACAUAUAUGGACAGUGUCUCAUCAAAACUGCCUGCAGCUCUACCAGCAAAAAAAAUAUAUAAAAUAAGGAUGCAUCAUUGCGGGAAACAAACAGGUUUGCUGUUAGAUUUGCAAAGCAAUGGGCUAUGAAAGACUGAUCUCAAGGCUUAGGCGGAUUUGCACGGGUGCAGGCAGUACUUCACAUAACCUGGUCCGAUGCACGCACCGAAAGAGGAAGCUCUGGGUCACGUACAUAAGUACCUUGAUCCGUUUAGCCUGCGUCCCACUGGCCUGAUUAAACCCUGCAUCAAGGGACCUAUCAAUCGGGUGUUGUGGCUAUCCAAUCGUACCCACCCACAACACAGGGUUUGGUUGCCAGGUCUCACCGCAACACGUGCCCUCUUUAAGGGAGGACCCGAUUUGCAGCGAAAAAGUUCUGCUGAUGAAAAUUGGGGCAUGUGUCCUUUGGGGCCGCACUCUUGUGUGUGCCAGCUGACUCCGGUGAGAGUGCGGCAUCACUGCAAAGGCCAGCUCCAUCUGCAAGCGCCGGCUCAUUCUCCUUCCCAAGCUUGGUGGCAGUGCUGGAGGGGGGGAAAUGGGACAUUCUGGAAUCAAAUUGAAAGCCGGGAUGGCUUCUGUAAUUCUGAGAUGUCCCAGGAAAAUCAGGACACUUGAAGGGUAUGUUAUGAUAGGUUCUUUGCGUUCUCAUUAUGCAUUUUUACACUGUAAACUGCCCUGUGAUGAAAGGCAGGAUAUAAAUUUAAGAAAUAAAACACAGUGGUACCUCGGGUUAAGUACUUAAUAUGUUCUGGAGGUCCGUUCUUAAACUGAAACUGUUCUUAACUUGAGGUACCGCUUUAGCUAAUGGGACCUCCCACUGCCGCUGCUCAAUUUCUGUUCUUAUCCUGAAGCAAAGUUCUUAACCCGAGGUACUAUUUCUGGGUUAGCGGAGUCUGUAACCUGAAGUGUAUGUAACCCAAGGUACCAAUGUAAAAUAAAAAGGCAGGACUGGUUAAAGGUUUGGCUUGGGGAGGGGUGGUGAUUAGGGAGGGGGUUGACCAGAAGAGACUCCCAAAGACCAUACAUUUGGCUCUCAGGCCUGAGGUUCCUCACCAUUGUCUUUUAAGGUAAAUUGAUUCUUUUUUUAAAAAUGAACAUGUUAAAAACAAUUACAUAUUUUGGGAGACUGGAAUGGGAAGUGCAUUGGCAAAGUCACAGACUGUUCGUAGUUUUAGUCUUUGAACCACGACAAACAGUUUCAGAAGCAACAUUUCCCCCAUCUCACCGUGGGGCAGGAGAAGAACCUUUCGUUUCUUUUGAAUGCAGCGAGAGUGCCUUCCUACCUGCCCUUUUGCACUUGAAAUGUUGCAGCUGUCUGGACGCUCCUUUGUAUAUUGAAGGUGUUCCAGGAAAGGGCUUUCCUCCCCAUAUGCUUUUAUCCAUCUCUUGGAUUCAUUAGGGAAACUACAAGACGAGGUGUCUGAUGAGGAAGGGGGGUGGUGAAGAGAGAGCUGAAGCCCCACUUGAAAGCUCAUUAACCCUCUACUCUUCAUAGAAGGAAGAGUAGAGGAGGCAGUGGCAGAUGCUUCCUGUAAUAUGCGCAAUGUCCUUUCAUUCAUCUCCAAAAUGCCUCAAAUUUAGCAUGCUUCAGAUUGUGCCUGGAAAAUUAACAUAGCGAAAAAGGCUGAGAGGCAGAAACAAUAAAGAAAACACCCUACCUCUGAAUUCUUUCCUCCGUUCUUGAAUGGGGAAAAAGCUAUUUUCAACUAAAUGCAUCACAUAGUGACAGUGAUAACACAAAUGACUUAGCUUUUCAUCUGGUGUGGCACAUUUUAAGGAAAUUAGUCAAGUCUGCUUCACAGGAUUUGUUUCAUUUAUCGCAGAGAUAUAUAUUGCAUUUUUUAAAAUCCUGUCCUUCCACGUAUAAACCUAAGAAGAACAUUGCUAGUUCAAUAGCUUGUUUUCGCCAUGACCAACUAGAUGUCUCUAGGAAGCCCACAAGCUAAUGCGUUUAGGGCGCUGUUCAGAGUCUCCCCCUCAUAUCCUCACAUCGACCUUGUGAGGUAGACUAGGAUGAGAGAGCGUGACUUCCCAACUAUGCUUCUUUAACAGACUGUUACAUACCACCCCAAUCUCUAAGCUAAUCAGCCAGAGCCUCCAUCGGUUCCAUAAUUCAGUUUCCUUGGAAUGAAGGUCAGUGGAGACUGAGAAAUCCUUAGAAUAUAUGGUUUUAUUUACACAUAUAUGCAACCUGAGUACAGGAUGGAGGGGCUCACAGCAUUAACACCCCACAGCAUCAACAGUCCCAAAGAUCUUCCUUCUCCAUUAGUUUGGGGUCCAGCAUGGAGCAAGCAUGUCUCUGUGUCUCCAGCUUCUAGCCUGCAUUCUGCUCAGCUCAACUCUGGCUGUUAUUCUCCUACCCAGCAACUAGGUGAGGUGUGGUGGAGGAAAGACAUACCCCCCCCCCAUUAUCCUUGAGGGCACCAUCACAUAGUUGUAGCUCUUGCAACCUAGCUCAUUUUGGGGGGGACGGGACCUGAUGAGGACACUUAAGUGGCCAGCUAAAGUCGUCGUCUUACAAAGAAAUUUGUCUGACCAGUUCAGCAAACUUCUGAUAGGCUCUAACCCUCACAAGGGGGUACAGGGCCCUUUAAUGAACUUGGGGUAUCACCUAAACUGACCUCCCACAAACCUACAACAAUAUUUACACACCCAUCUUUAGCAGAAUCAUUUAAUUAAUUAAAUUUGUAUACCGUCCUAUACCUGUAGAUCUCAGGGUGGUACACAGCACAAAACAACUACUGUAUAUCAUCUGUCUCUAUCUCUAUCUCUAUCUCUAUCUCUAUCUCUAUCUCUAUCUAUCUCUAUGAUCUAUCUAUAUCUAUCUAUCUAUCUAUCUAUCUAUCUAUCUAUCUAUCUAUCAUCUAUCUAUCUAUCAUCUAUCUAUCAUCAUCUAUCUAUCUAUCAUCUAUAUCUACCGGUAUCUAUCUAUCUAUCUAUCUAUCUAUCUAUCUAUCUAUCCAUCCAUCUAUCCAUCUAUCUAUCAUCUAUCCAUCUAUCUAUCAUCUAUCCAUCUAUCUAUCUAUAAUACAUAAUAAAAACAAAAACAGAAACAACCCAAUAAUUGCCCUUCCACAACAUUUAAAAGGGCAUUGCAUGUCAAUCAGCCAAAGGCCUGGCUGAAGAGGAACAUCUACAGCUAGUGCCUAAGGGUGUAUAAUGAAGGCACCAGCCAAACUGCCCUGGGGAGAGCAUUCUACAACUGUGGGGCCACUGCAGAAAAGGCCCGUUCUUGUGUUGCCACCUUCUGGACCUCUCGAGGAGGAAGCACACAAAUAAGGGCCUCAGAGGAUGAUCUCAGGGUCCAGGUAGGUUCAUAUGGAGAAAGGCGGUGCUUGAGGUAUUGCAGUCCUUGAGUCGGGUAAGGCUUUAUAGGUCAAAACCAGCACUUUGAACCGGGGCCGGAAACAAAUUGGUAGCCAGUGCAGUUGGCUCAGGAUCGGUGUAAUAUGCUCAACCCGUCUUUAACCCAGUGAGCAACCUGGCUGCUGAAUUCUGCACCAGCUGAAGCUUCUGAACCGUCUUCAGACGGUUCAUGUGGCCCUAUGUAUAACGUGUUGCGGUAAUCUAGCCUAGAGGUUACCAGAGCAUAGAUGAUAGAGGUUAGGCUAUCCCUGUCCAGAUAGGGGCGUAGCUGGACCACCAGCCUAAGCGGAUGGAAGGCACUCUGUGCCACUGAGGCCACCUGAGCCUGGCACAGCUGAGAAGAAGAGUUCAGAUGCUUUGAUUUCUCUGUUUUAUUAAUAGGGAGGCUGUGAUUGGGAAUGCUAGGAAUAUACCAGUGCAGAAAUAGGUAAAGGUAAAGGGACCCCUGACCAUUAGGUCCAGUCGUGACCGACUCUGGGGCUGUGGCACUCAUCUCACUUUAUUGGGCAAGGGAGCCAAAGUACAGCUUCUGGGUCAUGUGGCCAGCAUGACUAAGCCGCUUCUGGCGAACCAGAGCAGCGCACGGAAGCGCCGUUUACCUUCCCGCCAGAGCGGUACCUAUUUACUUGCACUUUGAUGUGCUUUCGAACUGCUAGGUUGGCAGGAGCAGGGACCGAGCAACAGGAGCUCACCCCGUCACAGGGAUUCGAACCGCUGACCUUCUGAUCGGCAAGUCCUAGGCCCUGUGGUUUAACCCACAGCACCACCCGCGUCCCACCAGUGCAGAAAUAGGACUGAAUAAACCUUUGUGAGAGGUGACACUGACCAAGCUGAUUGACGCCAAGGGCCUGUCGCUGGGACCACACUUGACAGUUCUGCUGCUUGGAGGUCACUUCUUAUCUGUCCACCUCGCACGUGUAGGACUAUUUAGAGAGACUCUUCCUUAAGUACAGACAGCUGGCUGGAGUCCUCUUGUCUGCUCAGCUUGCCGUGUAGCACCAAAAAUGCAGUACAGAUGGGUUACCCAUUUUAGCGACGUUCCUUUUUAAUUCCCCCUGCCUCCCCGCAAAGGUUAAUGCUCCUAAUCUCAUUAUUGCUGUAGGUGAUUGCUCUGGGCUGCUGCUAAAGCUGGUUCCUUGGUACAACCUUUGAUUCCCCCCCCCCCCCAGUGUGUCAUGGGAACGGUGAAAAAGUCACUGGGUAUAUACAGUGCAUUCCGACCUGUGCUAUUUUAGGAUUUUGAUUUAUGAUGCAGCGCUCUUUUCUUCUUCUAAAAAUUUAAUUCCUAUAAGGAGAUUGUGCAGUAUUAUUUAUUCAAAUGCACACUGUAUGUAGGAGUCUGCUUGGGAAGAUAAGGUUUCGUCAAAAGAUGCAUCUCUGUGUGUUGUUCCAUGUCUGUGCCUUCUUGGAAACCGUAUCCCCUUUUUUUCCUAAUCUCUCAAGUGUGAGGACUGUCUGUCGUUAUUUAGGGAGGGGGAUAUAUUCUGCAUGUUCUCAGAGGCACCCUUGCCUCUUGUUUCACAUGUCAGCGCUGCUAAACUUUAGCCCCACAAAUAGGAGCUGGCUGGGGCUGAUGGAAAUUGGAAGGACUUGUCUUCAUUUGAGGUUGUAAAGCAAGGGUUGGGUGCCCACCUGUGAAGGAUUCUUUAGUUGUGAUUACUCCAAUGCAGGGGGUUGGACUAAAUAAUAAUAAUAAUAAAUUUUAUUUAUACCCUGCCCUCCCCAGCCAGAGCCAGGCUCAGGGCAGCUAACACCAGUAAAAUUACAAUACAAACAUAAUGGGGGAACGGACGGACCCAAUUUAAAAUACAGGUUAAAAUGCAAUUUAAAAAGCAGCCUCAUUUUAAAAGUAGCCCAUAAAUCAAAACCGUAAGGGGAGGGAAGACAUAAGGGUCAGACUGAGUCCAAACUUGAAAUAUACUCAGAGUUGAGUGUGGAUUUCAUGCUCUUUAUUCAGCUCAUAGUAGUGACGAAUGCCAGUUCCCCCAAAGUGUCUGCUUUAUAUACAUUAUUUACACAAUGGGCCCCGCGUGAUUGGCUAAUUCCGGGAUUCUCCUGUAGGCCAAUCAGGUUGCGGAUUCACUUCCACCUGGAGCUGGAUUGGGUGGCUCCUGUGGACCAAUCAGACUGCUGCAUUUUGGAUCCUAGUCAACUCAGUACAUAACAAAACCAAAGGCCAGGCAGAACAGAUUGUCAGCCCCUUCCAACUCUUCUAUGAUUCUGAAGGCCACAGAUCCCCUCUCUUCCUUGAUUUAAACCCAUUUCUCACCACCCACAAAGGGCUAAAAGCAGUCUGGGUGCUAUAUUGCUUGAAGAACAACCCAGGAGGAUAGGAUUGAGAAGCUUUCUUCACCUGCUGUUUUAUCUCAGUAUAUUCCCAGCUGCGGUUCAGUGCUUUUAAAAGUUGGGAGGUGGAAUCUUGCAUUUUGCUCCUCUGAGUGGGUAGGGUUAAUGGCACAUUCCGAGACACCGUCUUCCAGAAAUAUAUCCCGAUAUAGACUCAACUGUUUCUGUAGAGGAACUUUGAAAGUUCCCAUUGGUGAGCUGUUUUGGAGCAACGGCUCCAGUUAUGUAAAAGUUUACGAGAUUACGAAAGACAAAAGAGUGCCUGCUGGCUCAGGGAAAAUGUAUUUCUGAGACUCUAUUGCAAUUUAGGUUGAAAGCUCGGUCAGGUUACUGGUGCCAGUUACCUUCUUACAUAAGAUGGGGGGGGCGCAGCGGGCAUUUUUUCAGCAGCAUGGGCGAUCUGAAUGUGAACUUGCUGCGUUCAGGCUAACUGUACUUUUCUUCUUCUGAGCAGGCUGGCCAUUAGAGCAGACAGUCCUAUCUCUGGCGGACUCCUCUGUCUGAAGGGCUGUCCAGCAUAAUAAUAAUAAUAAUAAUAAUAAUAAUAAUAAUAAUAAUAAUAUUUGUACCCCGCCCAUCUGGCUGGGUUUCCCCAGCCACUCUGGGCGGCUUCCAACAAAGAUUAAAAAUACAUUAAAAUGUCACACUUCCCUGAACAGGGCUGCCUUCAGAUGUCUUCUAAAUGUUGUUGUUGUUGUUGUGUAGUCGUUUAGUUGUGUCUGACUCUUUGUGACCCCAUGGACCAGAGCACGCCAGGCACUCCUGUCUUCCACUGCCUCCCGCAGUUUGGUCAAACUCAGGCUGGUAGCUUCAAGAACACUGUCCAACCAUCUCGUCCUCUGUCAUCCCCUUCUCCUUGUGCCCUCCAUCUUUCCCAACAUCAGGGUCUUCUCCAGGGAGUCUUCUCUUCUCAUGAGGUGGCCAAAGUAUUGGAGCCUCAGCUUCACGAUCUGUCCUUCUAAAUGUUAGGUAGUUGUUUAUCUCUUUGACGUCUGAUGGGAGGGCGUUCCACAGGGCAGGUACCACUACCAAGAAGGCCUUCUGCCUGGUUCCCUGUAGUUUUGCUUCUCGCUGGACCUCAGUCUCCGGGCAGAAUGAUGGGGGUGAAGACCCUCCUUCAGGUAUACUGGGCCGAGGCCAUUUAGGGCUUUUUUUCACUAGUGGGACUGGUUGGUUGAAUCUGGCAGUUUUAGGCCCUCCAGAUGUUGCUGGACUUCAGCUCCCAUCAUCCUUGACGUCAAACUAUGCUGGCUGGAACUGAUGGGAGUUGGAGUGCAACAACCUCUGGAGGGCCACACUCUCCCUACGCCUGCCAUAGAAGGACCCAGGGGGGUAUGACCCUGUAUAAGGCAGCUUCCUGCGCCAACACCAAAGCAAAAGAAUCAGCUGUUGCUUAUUUCUGUUCUGCUUGGCUGUUUGCGCUACUCUUGUUUGUUGCAUAUUGACAUGGCAUAUUGACUAGCUUAAAUGAGUGUUGAAAAACAACCUGCCUCUUGGCAAAUCUUGACGCUUUGCCUUGAGCAGAGGUCAGUAGUCACUUACUCUUCCUGAUGAUUUGCAAGUGGUGAUUUGUAGGUGCAAUCGCUUUGAGCUGUAAUUGAUUGGAUUGAUUUUGCCGUUGCAGAUGCCUGAGAGGGCCCCCCCCCCCAUUCCCAAGCCCCUUUCCUGGACCACUCUGCUUUCCAUGCAGUAACAGCAAAGCCUAUUUUUAUGGCCAGGAUAACUAAGGCUGCCAUAAAUAGCCUCUGAGCAUCACUCCCUUUUUUCCCUUCUUUUUUUUUGCUGCUUGAAAGCAAAUAGUUUUUGCAGGGCUCCUGUUGAUGGAUAGGGAGCCUUUUAAGUUAAUUAAGGGUGCAUCCGUGAGGCUCUUACUUUCUCAAUUAGGGGCACUUAAGCAACUCAGAGCAUUGCUGCUUUUCCUGCUAUCUUCCCUGGUGCACGCUUUAUUGCCUGCAUUGGUCCUAAAAAGGUAAAGGUAAAGGUAAAGGACCCCUGACCAUGAGGUCCAGUCGUGGACGACUCUGGGGUUGCAGCACUGAUCUCACUUUACUGGCCGAGGGAGCCGGCGUACAGUUUCUGGGUCAUGUGGCCAGCAAACCAGCUUCUAGGUCAUGUGACUGGCAAACCAGAGCAGCGCACAGAAACGCCAUUUACCUUCCCGCUGGAGCGGUACCUAUUGAUCUACUUGCACUUUGACAUGCUUCCGAACUGCUAGGUUGGCAGGAGCAGGGACUGAGCAACGGGAGCUCACCCUGUUGUGGGGAUUCGAACCGCCGACCUUCUGAUCGGCAAGUCCUAGGCUCUGUGGUUUAACCCACAGCGCCACCCGACUGCUUUAUAUGGUCAGGGGGAAAGCAGGCAGUCUUGGACUAUAUGCCAAUGCAGAAUGCAGGUGGGGAUGUGGGAUGCAUGACUGAGUAUUCCCCAGCAUUAAAAAGAAGAAGAAGAAGAGCCUAUUUUCCUCGGCAAAGCUAGCUAGCUUACCUGCACAGUGAUGCUAGCAUGCCUGCUUCCUGAGAUGCUAGUUUUCAGGCAGGGGGUGGCUGGGAGGAGAAGAAUUGUUUUCUUUUCUUCAAUGUAUCAUAGCGUAGGGUUACAUUCAACAAGAUCAUAGCGUGAAGUGCUCCUUAUUUUAUUAUUUAUUCAUUAACAGCAUUUAUCAGCCACCCCUAGCAGUUUCCCUGCUUACGGUAACAUGCAACUGCAAACAAACAAACAAGUCCUAACUGAGCCCAUAGAAGGCAACUGCAAGAACUUUCUGACAGUAAGUGCUGUUUGACAGUGGAAUGAAUGGGUUGCCACGACGGAUGGUUGUGGACUCUCUCUCCUUGGAGGCUUUUAAGCAGAGGUUGCAUAGCCCUCGGUCAUGGAUACUUUACAGUAGUACCUCGGGUUACAUAUGCUUCAGGUUACAGACUCUGCUAACCCAGAAAUAGUACCUCGGUUGAGAACAGAAAUUGUGCUCCAGUGGCGCGGCAGCAGCAGGAGGCCCCAUUAGCUAAAGUGGUGCUUCAGGUUAGGAACAGUUUCAGGUGAAGAACGGACCUCCAGAACGAAUUAAGUACUUAACCCGAGGUACCACAGCAGUUGAUAUUCCUGCAUUGCAGGGGCUUGGACGAUGGUUCUUGGGUGUCUCUUCCAAGUCUAUGGUUCUGUGAUUCUGUCAUCCAGGGCAUGCUCAAAGUCCAGCCGGACAAAAAAAAGGCUACGCAGAUGUGCAACGAGGCCAAUGAGAGGUAUGGUUCGGGAGAGCCUAUGUGGUUGGGAAGGGGGGUGGAGCAUUGCCUGGGCAAAGCCCGAAGGGCCAACUAGAGAAACCUUCUUUGGCCCUUGAGAUUGAGGUUCCCCACUCCUGUCCUUCCUGGUAAUGUGCAAAUUGGUCCUGAGCUUGCUGGAUUUCGUUGUCUCUGCUCUGAGUUUCUGCAGGCUGCAGCUUCCCACUCACUUGUAGACAUUGAAAGAGACUCAAGACCUUGCAGCGCUGCUGCUGCUGCGCACACCAGCAGAUCUUCACAGAUUCUCCUUCCCACGCCUGACGGAAAUCGAUCCAGGGAAGGCUGUUUGCUAACAUCACCUUGUCGAGCCCUCGACUGUUGAUGUUACAGCUGAUUAUUCCUCUCUGCCAGGGCUGGAUUCAGCAUGUGUGUUUUACUCUUCUCCAGAGGAAGCGGAGGACUUGCUUUGGAAAAAUGCGACCUUUCCCUCCUCUGGGCUGGGCUUCGCCCUUUGAAAGUGCAACCAGCUAUAUCGCAUGCUGCGUCCUUAUAAACUGGAGAGAAAAUUGUAAACUUCACACUUGUUGUGGUAUUCUUAAUAAUGCCAUUUGGUUGCCAUAGAAACGUAUUUUCCGAGCAUUUUCUGGAGAGCAUAGGGGGAGAGGAGGCAAUGGGAAGAAGAAGACAGGUUUGGCUCAGGUCAGAUCUGAAGGACAAACUUGGCACGUCAGUCUACUAAAUCAUACUCAGAGUAAACCCACUGAAAUCAAUUGACAAUCUAGUUUUAAGAACAUUAAGAAGAGCCCGCUAGAUCAGGCCAGUGGACCAUAUAGUCUAACAUCCUGUUCUCAGUGUGGCUAUCUGUGGCAAACCCACCAGCAGCAUCCGACCACAAGAGCACUCUCUCCUGUGGUUUCCAGCAAGUGAUUUUGGAAGCAUUUCUCGGUAGGGCCUUCUCGGUGGUGGCGCCCGCCCUGUGGAAUGCCCUCCCAUCAGAUGUCAGGGAAAUAAACAACUACAGUGGUACCUCGGGUUAAGAACUUAAUUCGUUUUGGAGGUCUGUUCUUAAUCUGAAAAUGUUCUUAACCUGAGCACCACUUUAGCUAAUGGGGCCUCCUGCUGCUUCUGUGCCGCCGCUGCAUGAUUUCUGUUCUCAUCCUGAAGCAAAGUUCUUAACCCGAGGUACUAUUUCUGGGUUACUGGAGUCUGUAACCUGAAGCAUCUGUAACCUGAAGCGUCUGUAACCUGAGGUACCACUGUAUCUGACUUUUAGAAGACACCUGAAGGCAGCCCUGUUGAGGGAAGUUUUUAAUGUUUGAUGGUUUAUCGUGUUUUUAAUAUUCUGUUGGGAGCUGCCCAGAGUGGCUAGGGAAACCCAGCCAGAUGGGCAGGGUAUAAAUUAUUAUUGUUACAGUUGUACCUCCGCUCAUGUAUCCCUCCGGUUACGUAAACUUUGGGAUACGUAAGUGGCAAACCCGGAAGUAUAUUUCCGGGUUUUUGCCAUGCGCGCAUGCCCAGAAGCGCUCUAUGUCCGCAGAAGCGGUCCCUCUAGUUGCGGAUACCUCGGGGUCCGACCAGAGCACUGGAACAGAUCCUGUUCACAACCGGAGGUACCACUGUAUUAUUAUUAUUAUUAUUAUUAUUAUUAUUAUUAUUAUUAUUUCUGGACCAGAGACCCACCUCUGAUUCCCCGGCUGCAACAUGGGACCCACUUUCACUUAAUACAGUGGUACCUCUGGUUACGAACUUAAUUCGUUCAGGAGGUCCGUUUUCAACUCAAAACCGUUCUUAACCUGAGGUGCACUUUCGCUAAUGGGGUCUCCCGCUGUGCAUGCGCCUCUGGCGCACGAUUUCCACUUGCAUCCCGGGGCAAAGUUCGCAACCAGGAGACCUACUUCUGGGUUAGCGGAGCUCACAACCCGAAGCGUUCACAAGGAGGAUGGUUCGUAACCAGAGACAUUACUGUAAUGCUAAGAAUGCACAUUAUUCAUCUUGAAGUGGCAAUUCACAGAGCAGUAUGCCUAACAUUACUUCAGCAUUACUACUGAAGGAAAACUAGCCCUGCAAUGUGGCAAGAGAAAGACAUAAGCAUUUGGCCAGAAAUGUGUAUCUUAUUAAAAAAAAGCUCCUGCCUGUCUCCCAUCAUGUUGCAGCACUUGUGGAAAUCUAUAAAAUGAGCAUCUCAUCAAAAGAAUGUCUUCUAGUCCAGACACACAUGUAGUGCUCCUUUGGUCUGGUCGGCCUAAGAUGGAAUCCAGCCUGGUAGCAACAGCUGUGUUGUGGGACGUCUGAUGUGGCCUUGUGCUUCCCCAUAGGCUGAGAACCUUUGCACUAGACCACAACCUGCCUACAAAUUUCCACCAUAGAAAUGAGUUGCGUGUCGAGGUCCCCAAGCCACCCCCCAAAUAACUCACAACGCACACUUAAUUUUUGUUUAAGGUUUUUGGCAUAAUUUUGGCCACAACUUUAUUUAAAUACAAAACCGUGAGUGGUUGUUUAGGCAUUGGUUAAGACUAUCUGUCCCCCGCCUGGGGACAGAACUGACUUCCGGGCACCACCGAAAGACAGUGCGGGGAAAGCAAGUCGGGGAGAAAUGGAGCUGAGUCACAGACCCUCAAUUCUCAUCCGCAUGCUCCCCGAAGGCUUGCCGGCCCUAGUCCCAUUCCAGGGAUUGGACGAAAAGAUGGCAAGCCCCAGGAUUCCUUUAACGGAAUUCCCUUUCCGCAGCAACCAUGGAGGGGCAGGCCCAGCCUAUCCUAACCCCUCCUCCACCAAUUUAUAACCAAUGCCUAACCGCAACCUUACAAGUUGUGACGAUUUGCUACGCAGUAGGCAAAAACCAAAUGGCCCAGCCAAUCAGCCAGAUGGACAAAAUUCCUACCAGGCCCCUGCCCCAACGGCAGACGACCCCAUGACAGGCAUAGCAAGGUCAAUGCAACAACCCCUUACUCAAGGGCAGGUGGGCGGGUGAUCCUUUGCACGCAGCAAAGAGAAAGCUCCAGGCUGCGUGCAGAGUAUUUAAACAUUUUACCCCUCCCACCAAAAUUGCAACAUAACUUUUACCCCAGCAACCCAGUGAACCAAUCACUGCCCCAGGCCAUCUUUAGAGACCCUGCCUGGUAACAGAGGGGUGGCUCAGCAGACCCCACCGCAACAUGUGCUCUCCAUGAAGGAGAACACGCUUUGUGCGCACACCAAGAAUACAAGAGUCAACAAUCUCUGGUUUAAAUCAGAAAUGGAAUGAAUGAAUGAGUCAUAAUAAUGAUACACUGCUUUUGUAUUUUCCAUUAAGGCCUUAAUGCAUUUCAUAAACCCAGUUGUGGGAUCAAAAUGGAAGGGGAGGGGGAACGAGAGAGUGGGUGGAAUUCAGUGUUGUGUUUCAGCUUGCCAGACGGGAGUUAUCUCCCGCUUGGACUACUGUAAUGCGCUCUACGUGGGGCUACCUUUGAAGGUGACCCGGAAACUGCAAUUAAUCCAGAAUGCGGCAGCUAGACUGGUGACUGGGAGCAGCCGCUGAGACCACAUAACACCGGUCCUGAGAGAUCUGCAUUGGUUCCCAGUACGUUUACGAGCACAAUUCAAAGUGUUGGUGCUGACCUUUAAAGCCCUAAACGGUCUCAGUCCUGUAUACCUGAAGGAGCGUCUCCACCCCCAUCGUUCAGCCCAGACACUGAGGGCCUUCUGGCGGUUCCCUCAUUGCGAGAAGUGAGGUUACAGGGAACCAGACGGAGGGCCUUCUCGGUAGUGGUGCCCACCCUGUGGAACACCCUCCCAUCAGAUGUCAAGGAAAUAAGCAGCUAUCUUAUUUUGAAAAGACAUCUGAAGGCAGCCCUGUUUAAGGAAGUUUUUAAUAUUUAAUACUGUAUUGUUUUAUUUCUCGACUGGGAGCCGCUCAGAGUAGCUGGGGAAACUCAGCCAGAUGGGCGGGGUAUAAAUAAUAUAUUAUUAUUAUUAUUAUUAUUAUUAUUAUUAUUAUUAUUAUCCUCCCCACUCUAGUACUGUUCUGGGGCUUCAUCAGCCUAAUUUCAGGAAGCACACAGGGAGAAUAAAGGAAGGGGAAGCCCUAUUGUGCAAACUCAGUUUCUCUGACGGCACCAGGUCCACUGUCAGACCAACUCUGUGUUACAAAGAUGUUUGCAGAUGUGACAUGAAGGUUAGCAACAUCAACCCUGCCUUGUGGAAAUCCCCUGUAGGUGACUACAGUGCCUAGAGACAGACAGUCAGAUCAUGCAUCCACAGCAAUGACCAGAGGAGGAAUGACUGCCAGGAGGAGUGCAGAGAGAAGAAAUUCUGUGCUGCCUUUGUGGCAGUGCAACCGGACACCUUCAGCUGCCCCAGCUGCAACAAAACAUGUCUCUCCCACAUCGGUCUCUACAGCCACAACAGGCGCUGUAACCUUCCAGCGGUUUGACUUCACCCCCAAAGGCACACUCCUCCGUUGUCUCUUGAAACAGACGGCUGCCAGCAGUUCUGCUGUCGGAGCUCAUAGUGCGAAUCCUGCCCAGUGUCUUUCUUGGCGAAGGCUUGCUUUGUGUGCAGGAGUCCUGAGGUUAAAUCAGCACCACUUCCACGAAGGGCUGGAAAUGUCCCCAAUGUUCCUACUAAAGGAUAUUGUUUCUAGGAGUUUAAAGAUUAUGCGUGGGAUGGAUAAUUCUCAGCCUUGCAUUAGGGGAAUUGAAAGCUGCGCAUGGCGUGAUGCUUUUAAAAGAUUCUGUGAGAUCAUGGAUGUUUGCAGAAAUGUUUGUAAAUCUGAUAAAGACCAUUUUCCCGGCAAAGCAGCUGCCGUUCCUGCCGAGGGCUGCUCUUUACCAAUCUAAUUUGUGCCGCACACUCUCUGCAUAGGCGGGUGCGAUAUACACAAGCCAAUAUCUGUGCCAAACCCUCAGUGAUAGAAGAAGUCUGGGUGGGGAAACCCAACAGAAUUAUUUCAAGGAAAGCUUUGGCUUUGAGACCAGUUCUCUUGUCAUUGGUUAUUACAGUAGUACCUCAGGUUAAGUACUUAAUUCGUUCCGGAGGUCUGUUCUUAACCUGAAACUGUUCUUAACCUGAAGCACCACUUUAGCUAAUGGGGCCUCCUGCUGCUGCCGCGCUGCCGGAGCACGAUUUCUGUUCUCAUCCUGAAGCAAAGUUCUUAACCCGAGGUACUAUUUCUGGGUUAGCAGAAUCUGUAACCUGAAGCGUAUGUAACCCGAGUUACCACUGUACAGCGGUAAGAGAAAAGGACUAGGUGUUUAGGAGGAUAUCUCAGCACACAGUGGCUUGCUGGCAUUGAGGCCUUUAUGGCAUCCCUGAAGCACGGAACCAAGUUAUCAGGCUUGCCUGAAGCAUAUGUAACCCGAGGUACCACUGUACCUAUAUCCCAGUUCUAUUCCAAGGCAGGGAUAUGGACCUCCAGAUGUUGAUAGACUACAAGUCCCAUGGACCCUGGACCAUUGGCCUUAUGCUGGCUGAAGUCUAGUAACAUCUGGAGGGUGAUGGGUUUUCAAGCUCUGCUGUAAGGAGCUGAAGGCAGCUUAUAACACCAUACUUUCAAAGCACGUUUAAAGCACGUUCCCCACUCCCCAGAAAAGAAUCCGUGGGCUUUCUUUAGAUUUGAAGGGUUGUAUUCAAAUAGCUCCCCCCCAAUUUUUUUUAUUCAUUUUAUAACGCAAAUAAAGAACACAAACAGAAAAACAAACAAUACAAACAAAUUCUUGUCAUAUCCUUAUUUUGUAUUCAACUAACUUUUACUCAGAGUAGACCCAUUAAAAUAAAUGGCAGCAACUACGUAGUUAGGUCCAUUAAUUCUGGUGUGUCUGCUCUGAGUAAAAGUUAGCUGAAUUCAACCCAAAGUAAUUGACAUUCUCAGCCUUAGCAAAACACAGUCUCUUCCCGGAACCCUUUUUCUGCAAAGCCAUCAGCCGUGACCUCAUUAGCAGCCCUGCCUCUGUUUCCUCUUUGUCUCCUUGGCAAAGGUGCCUCAGGCCCAGCCUGUCUAAGUAAGUAAGUAAAAUAAAGUAAGCAAGUAAGUAAGUAAGUAAGUAAGUAAGUAAGUAAAAUAAAGUAAGUAAGUAAGUAAGUAAGUAAAGUAAAGUAAGUAAGUAAGUAAGUAAAAUAAAUAAAUAUCUGCAUGAUGUAAUGGUUUGGCUUCCCUGACAAAGCCUGCAGGCUUGCAGCCAAGAGUCAGGCUGAAGCGCCGUGCUUUGGGAUGAUUUACUGCUGAACCUUGAAUUCAGUGGAAGCUCUGCCCGGUUAUUAUGCCCGCAAUGUAUUAGGCCAGACACCCUUUCAAAAAGCUGUAGUGGGAAAAGCCCAGGAUGGACAGCUCGUAAUGCAGAGCCCAUUAGCCAAGUGUGACAGCGCCUUUGGCUAGAGUGUUUAGGGAUUUGGCAAUCUCACAAGGCACAAGGACAGGAGAUUUAAAAGGCAGCUGAACCUUCGUCAGUUCGACCUGCUUGCAGUCAAACGAUCGCCGCAGCCAUAAAUCUUCUCUGUAGCUGAAGAACUGGCCGGAGAGGUGGAAAUGCUGGAAAGGAGAUACAUGAUUGGGUUCCCCUUGAGGAGAUGGACUGUUGCCUCUGUGAAACACUUUUCAUCGGUUUCUGUCAUUGUCAACAGGUGGUUGUUGUUGACAUCCAUUUGUCUCGAGAGAUAAUGGAGUGCACCUCUGGGGGUGAACUCAAACUGCUGCGUUAGCAACACCAAAGUGACCUUUCUGGGGUGCAAGCCUGGGCAGUGUGUCUGGAGGUCCUGGACUGCCCAGACAACAAGACCCCCCUCUCAGCCUCACUGAUCUGGUCCAAAGGAAAGCAGAGCAAUACAUUUGGCACCAGCUUGGCUGCAGGAGUUGCUGGAAGGAGGCGUACAAGGCGCCACCCAACCGUCUUAGGGAUUCCACUCCAGUUUUACCCCUUAGCCUUUUGUCCCAGUACGUUUCUGAGCACAAUUCAAAGUGUUGGUGCUGACCUUUAUAUCCCUAAACUACCUCGGUCCAGUAUACCUUAAGGAGCGUCUCCACCCCCAUCGUUCUGCCCAGACACUGACGUCCAGCGCCGAGGGCCUUCUGGCAGUUCCCUUGCUGCAAGAAGCCAAGUUACAGGGAACCAGACAGAGGGCCUUCUCAGUAGUGGCACCCGCCCUGUGGAACACCCUCCCACUAGAUGUCAAAGAGAAAAAUAACUACCAGACUUUUAGAAGAUACCUGAAGGCAGCCUUGCUUAGGGAAGCUUUUAAUGUUUAAUAGGUUAUUGUAUUUUAAUAUUCUGUUGGAAGCCGUCCAGAGUGGCUGGGGAAACCCAGUCAGAUGGGUGGGGUAUAAAUGAUAAAUUAUUAUUAUUAUUAUUAUUAUUAUUAUUAUUCCUCUGAAGAUACUGUAAGUGUGAUAUAUGGUAAUUAAGUGUCCCUUGUGAAAACUGUCCACCUCCUCAAGGGACUGAAUCCAAAAGCCAGCCGCAACCCGUUGACUAUGCUCCCUGGGAUUCUCAUGUCCAGCCUCUGACUUAUUGUUUGGCCUUGGGGAAGUGAUAAACGCCAUGGAGUUCUAACUCCCCAAAGGCUUCUACACUUAGAAGUGUGCUGAGUUCCAACAGUUAAAUCCAGUGCUUCCCUAGCACCAGACAUCCAGCUGGUGGCUGGGUAUUUGGGAAGUGCUGUGCAAAGCAUGAAUAGCUUGUCCAAAAUGGUCUCGUGGGCCAAAUGGGGAGGAGGUCUGGUGGGCCAUAAAUGGCCUGAGGGAUGGAGGUUCCCUACUGUUGGUGUAAUAACCCUGGUCUACUUUGCACCUUGUUGCCUUGCAUAUCUGCAGCGUUGGUGGUGUCUAAUGAGAAGUGGGACCAUAGCUGUCAACUUUUUCCUUUUUUUAAGGGAAAUUCCCUUAUUCCAAAUAGGAUUCCUUGCAAGAAAAGGGAAAAGUUGACAGCUAAUGAGAGGGACGUGGGUGGCGCUGUGGGUUAAACCACAGAGCCUAGGACUUGCUGAUCAGAAGGUCGGCGGUUCAAAUCCCCAUAAUGGGGUGAUCUCCCGUUGCUUGGUUCCUGCUCCUGCCAACCUAGCAGUUCGAAAGCACAUCAAAGUGCAAGUAGAUAAAUAGGUACCGCUCAGGCAUUUCCGUGUGCUGCUCUGGUUCGCCAGAAGUGGCUUAGUCAUGCUGGCCACAUGACCCGGAAGCUGUACGCUGGCUCUCUCGGCCAGUAAAGCGAGAUGAGCUCCGCAACCCCAGAGUCGGCCACGACUGGACCUAAUGGUCAGGAGUCCCUUUACCUUUACUUUGCACAUUGUUGCCUUGCAUAUCUGCAGCGUUGGUGAUGUCUAAUGAGAAGUGGGACCAUAGCGUGUGAAGCAGGACCAGCGGGGGGUGCUCAUAGGUAGGCAGUCUGCCCUGAAGAGAGUCUCAAGGGCCAGAUAGAAAGUCUUGGUGGGCCACAUGCAACAGCUUGGCCUGACCUUCACCACCCCUGGUGCAAGGGCUUAUGUGGCACCUAAAAACUGGCGACAGUGCCCAGCACGCGUCUCUCUUACAGUUCUGCUUGGGCCUGCUGAAAUAGCUGUUGCAUUUUUCACCCCCCUAGUUGGCCUCUGUUCAUUUGGCACAGGAAUGGGUUGCUAAACAUAGCCUGCGAUCAGUCAGCGCUGCAGAAAUGCAGAGAUCAUUAUCAGAGGCAGACUUCUAGUUGCAUUCGCUUGAGGAGUCCACGCCAGAGCGACCUGGCUGUGCUGAGCUUUGGGAAAGCACUUCAAGAUGCGGGCGUUUGAAUCGAUAUGUUUUGUAAUUCAGCUCCUGUUCCAGUUCAGCUAUGGUAAAAAAACACACCAAAAAAACCAAGGCUUUGCUUCCGUUCCACUUCAUGUCGCCUGCAUUUUUGCUUCAACUUUUUCUCAUAACAAGAUUCUGUUAUGAAACUGGACUGGGCUGGGAUGCCCUGAAGUCAGGUUUUAUCUGCUGUCCUGCAAGGAUAUAUAUAUAUAUAUAUAUAUAUAGUGGGUAGAUUUGGGGCUUAGCCAUGCCUAUCUCCAACACAGGAUUGAAGCCUUAAUGAGAGAGGUGGCAUUUCAUGGUUCAUUUUGAUAAAUCCAAGGCCUGGCCUGGCACUCUGGGGAGAAGGAAGAACUGCUAUUGGCACAGGGCGCCUAAAUGGAGUCUAAUUCUAGGUGGCUGACAUUUUUAGAACAAAACUUUAGGGUGCUUAAUUUUCCACCAAAAUCUGCAAGAAAUGCCUCUCAGUUUCUAAUUUAGUGUAAUUAAAAAAACAAAAAAAAACUUCGUGCAACCUGAACAAACAGGGAACACCAGACCCUCCUAAAGGUAAAGGUAAAAGGGCCGCUGACCAUUAGGUCCAGUCAUGGCUGACUCUGGGGUUGCGGCGCUCAUCUCGCUUUAUUGGCCGAGGGAGCCGGCGUACAGCUUCCAGGUCAUGUGACCAGCAUCAGUGGCGUAGCGUGGGUUGUCAGCACCCGGGGCAAGGCAAGUAAUUUGUGCCCCCUAACCCGUGGAUUUGCGCCCCCUAACCCGUGGAUUUGCGCCCCCUAACCCUAACCCCCAGAUGUUGCGCCCGGUGCGGCCGGCCCCCCCUGCACCCCCCACGCUACGCCACUGGCCAGCAUGACUAAUCCAUUUCUGGCGAACCAGAGCAGCACACGGAAACACCGUUUACCUUCCCGCCGGAGCAGUACCUAUUUAUCGACUUGCACUUUGAUGUGCCUUCGAACUGCUAGGUUGGCAGGAGCAGGGACCGAGCAACGGGAGCUCACCCCGUCACGGGGAUUUGAACCACCGACCUUCUGAUCGGCAAGCCCUAGGCUGUGUGGUUUAACCCACAGCGCCACCCACGUCCCUCCUAAAUAUACCUAAAUCUUAAAGUUUUACAGACAGCUUUGCAAAAUAGCCAGAGACUUUCAAAUGCAUCUUACCGUUACAGUCCCUUUCAGUUUUAUGGUGCUGAUAGGGAGGGAAAGUGGAUUUCUGCUCCUUUUUCCUAACAUGCUCCUACUUCUCAUUGCUCACUCCCCUCACCUCAAGCACAGUCCUCCAGAGAGACAGCCAUGUCUGGGGAAAAAACUGGAGAGAUGCUAGCAGGCAGUAUACACAAUACUAAGGUGGUCUAGCUUGGUGUAACGCAGUUUCUUAUCUUUCUUUUCUUUUAUUUCUACAGUUCAGAGGGAGCCACAGAGAACCAUGCAGAGCAGACCCAAUCCAUUUUGCUAGCUGAGAUAAAGCAGCAAAUAUUAACCCCCCCCCCCCCGUCCCAAGUCAAGGUGCAGAGAUCAGAUUAUUUUGGCACCUGAACACAGAAAACCUCAUAGAUUCCUCUCCCCUUCCCUGCCAGUAAGAAUACAACCAUAAAAAACUAAAUAAAUAACAAUUUGCUGCUCCUUCAGUGCGGCGGUGGGGCUUGUUAUUGAAGACAUAGUGUCUACAUUGGUUAGAAGUUCUUUCUUUCUUCUGUAUAGUCUUUGGGUUCAUCCUGAUCAUCGAAUCAUCGAAUUGUAAAGUUGCAUAUGCAGGAAUCUCGACUAAAGCAUCCAUGACCGAUGGCCUUCCAACCUCUGCUUAAAACUCUCAAUUGAAGGAGAGUCCACAACUACCUGAGGAAGUCCAGUCCACUGUCAAACCACUCUUAAUGUCAGAAAGUUUCUCCAGCUCCCUCAACCAUUCCUUAUGAGGCUUGGUUUCCAGACCAUUGAUCAUUUUGGUUGCCCUCCUGAAUUACAAAACAUACGGAUUUGAAAUUCAGCUGCAGGUGGAACCUAACACCAAGAAAGCUAGUGCUAAUAUGCCCAGGAACCUCACCAAAAUGCUGGAGAGGGUGCACCUCCACAUGUGGCGCAUACCUCCACAUGUGGUGGGAGUGCCCCAAAAUCCAACUAUUCUGGACAACCGCCAUAUGAGAAAUAUGUAAAAUUAUUAGAAAUCACUCCAGAAUUGGUCCUAUUAAACAUCUUCCAAGACAAUAAUGCCCAUUUACACCACAAAGAACUCAUAACCUACCUACUUUCAGCAGCCAGAAACAUCAUAACCAGACACUGGAGAGACCUGUCAGGAGUAAGCAUGGACCAAUGGUACCAAAUAGUAUGGGAAGCAGCCUUGCUAGAAAAACUAACCAAUAAACUGAAACUGACACGGGGACAAAUAGAAGAAGACGCCUUCACCCCAGUAUGGCUCCCCUUUAUCACAUACACAGCCCAACAAGACAAUGACAAAAAUCCACCAACAGCAUACAAAUCAAUAUGGCUAACCUGAUCCAAAGGGACGUGGGUGGCGCUGUGGGUUAAACCACAGAGCCUAGGGCUUGCCAAUCAGAAGGUCGGUGGUUUGAAUCCCCGCGACGGGAUGAGCUCCCGUUGCUCGGUCCCUGCUCCUGCCAACCUAGCAGUUCGAAAGCAUGUCAAAGUGCAAGUACAUAAAUAGGUAUCGCUAUGGCGGGAAGGUAAACGGUGUUUCCGUGCACUGCUCUGGUUCACCAGAAGCGGCUUAGUCAUGCUGGCCACAUGACCCGGAAGCUGUACGCUGGCUCCCUUGGCCAAUAAAGCGAGAUGAGCACCGCAACCCCAGAGUCAUCCGUGACUGGACCUAACGGUCAGGGGUCCCUUUACCUUUACCUAACCUGAUCCAAAACACCCACUCACACAUGAAAACAAAGAUCACCGCAGCCAAUCACAAACAAACAACCACACCCUACCUCUCUCACCACCAAAGGAACACAAGUGAAUAGCAGAGAACCUGCACAAGCGACACUUACACAAUGCCCCACAUAUAUUAAGUAAAAUAAUAACAAAGAAAAUCUAUAACAAAAAUAAAUUUAAAAAACCCAAAACAUACGGAUUCAAACACCCACAUCUUGAAGUGCUUUUCCAAAGUACAAUGCUUAAGUGGAGCUUAAAUUAUAUGUGGUCUUUAUUCAGCAUUAGUUCUGAUUUGCUUGUGGGAUGUUUAUGCAUCUUCCCAUUAAUCAUUAAUUCAGCUCCACUCCUUUCAGUACAUUUGACUGUCACUUUCCUAACUGCAAAAAUGUCUUUUUAAAAAAAAAAAAAAAAAAGUGGAUUUGUUGCACUAGGGCAACAGAGCACUAUUAAUCUGCUUUAAUUGCAUGAAUUACACCAACCUAAAUUUCCCACAGAAUACUGGCAGUCUGGUGGGCUCUCAUGCAGAAAACCUGCUCUUCAGAAUUUACCGCUAUGCCAGUGGAGUAGAGAGAUAGAACUUAGAGGUGAGCCCAGGGAUGGGAGAGAAAUUCAGUUCCUCUACCCCAUUGUGAAGCUCUUUCCAAAGUCUAUCCUUGGUCAGCAGUCAUGCAUCCAAUCAGUCAUGCACCCAAUCCUUCCUAGGAAGGAGGAGAAAUAUGAUUCAGUUCAUGUUUAAAGGCUAACCUAUCUAAUUCUCACUUUUCAAGCUAAUUCACAAACUGAGACAUACUGUAGCUACCCAUCGAAAAUUGCACUUCUGCAAAUUUUGUAAAUCACUUCUCCAGCCAAGGUUACUGAUACAAUGCAUUUUUGCAUGUUCUUUUCAUUAAAUGCAUAUAUUUAAGUGAAAGGAACAUACAAAAAUACAUUACAUUGCAGAAAAUGUGUAUAUCAGGAAAAUUGCACACAAAUGUGUAUAUUGGGAAAAUUUUGCAGUAAAGUGCUGAUGAAUUUUAAUUAUUAUUAGUAUUAUUAGUAUUUAUUAAAUGUUUUUACCACCAUGUACCCUAUACCCACAGGUCUCAGAGUGGUUCACAGGAUAAAAUGAGGACCAUAGGAUUUUAAUGAGGACCUCUUUUUAAAACAUCACAAACUAUGUGGAAAUGAAGAGAAUUGAACUUAAGAUUGGAAAAAUGAGAAAGCGAAAACCCCAAUUUGACAGAUUCGCCCACUCCUAGGUGACCAUAAUGAUGUAUUUUCUAAUCCUGCAUAACUAAAUUUGUAUUUUCUUGAGGUGUGUUAACCUUCGAGAAGGUAGGGUGUGGAUAAAAGAAACUGCAGUAGCAAACUACUUCAUUAUCUAUUUUUCACUUGCAGGAGGAGGGGCUAUAACACGUGAGGAUUUGACAGACACAAUGAAGACCGAAUGGUGAUGAAGGAAGGAUGUGGGAAGAACUGAGCAUGGCUCUUUGUGGCACUCAGUUGAUGGGGAGCAAGAUUUAUUGGGAGGAAAGCACUUCCGUCUUUUAUCAGGUCUUGUGACGGCGAAAUGGAAAAAUCCACCCUGUGUUUAAGAGUGUGUGACAGAAGAUUCACCAAAGCCUUGCAGAGCUAGAAAAAAAAUGCUGAGUCUACUUCAUGGAGAAUAAAGGUUUCUGGAGAACCUCUCCACCAUUUGCCGUCUGAAGGUCCAUGUUUAGGUAGCCAACUGAAUAUUACAAGCAUGUAUAUGUUGAAGCUUCACUUUCCCAAACUUAAAACGAAACGAGAAGGAUGAUAUUUAAAAACUCUUGGAGCCCAUUAGUUUAUCAGCAUAUUGCAGCGAAAACCAUUUGCUAGAUUGGCAACUUUUCGCCUUUCCCCUACUUGCUUACCCGAACCGAAGAGAGUCAUUAUUUAAAGUUUGCAAGCUUGUUUCCAAGACUAUUCUCGAAUCCACUUUACGAACUUGUGUCUAUUUUUCUUUUUAACCUCUGAACAUUUGACUUGAAAACCUUCUCCUGUACGAUUAUGGGCUCCAAGCAAAGAACUGCACAGAUUCUCAUUCAUGGUAACAAUGCACUGUUUUCUAUUAAACCGUAUUGGUGACUGGGAGACAGGGCUCCUCCGCUGCCAUUUCAUUGCAGACACAAAGGCGGAUCUGACCCCACCAUGGCGGAGAAGUGCAAUUACAUCGCGAGCGUGUACGGCUAUGACCUGGGCUGCCGUUUCAUCAACUUCAGGCCCCUGGGCUUUGGCGUGAACGGGCUUGUCCUCUCAGCAGUCGACAGCAAGAGCUGCCGCAAAGUGGCCGUGAAGAAGAUCGCGGUGAGCGAUGCUCAGAGCAUGAAGCACGCCUUCCGGGAGAUCAAGAUAAUCCGCCGGCUGGACCACGACAACAUUGUAAAGGUCUACGAGGUGUUGGGGCCCAAAGGAGCUGAUCUCCAAGGGGAUCUGUUCAAAUUUAACAUGGUGUACGUCAUCCAGGAAUACAUGGAGACGGACCUGGCCCGUCUUCUGGAGCAAGGGCCUCUCUCUGAGGAACAUGCCAAACUUUUCAUGUACCAGUUGCUCAGAGGCCUGAAGUACAUCCAUUCAGCUAAUGUCUUGCAUAGGGACUUGAAGCCUGCCAACAUCUUCAUCAACACAGAGGAUCUGGUGCUGAAGAUCGGUGACUUUGGAUUAGCUAGGGUUGUGGACCAACAUUACUCACACAAGGUACGUCCCUCAAUUUGUUUGGCCUGAUAAAAGCUGAGUGUUCUUUAAAAUAACAGCAUGCAGAAGUUUAAACAGAUACUGUGGCAUCUUCACAAGCGGUUCCAAACAAAGUUUCCCAUAGAAUGAAAGAGCAAUAUUGAUGAGGCUGUGCAUUCAUGCUAAAUUGGCUGGCUUCCCCUUGGAGGCCAAAAGGCAUUGCCUUGGCAUAUCCUGUGAAAUCUCGCUGCGUUAAUUGGAUUACAAACAACCCAGUUAUGUUGGAGGGAGUCCAGCCACGCCACUUUCCAGAUGUCAGGUAGCAAAAAACUUCAACCUAGAAACUAAUUUGCAAGGUAUGUACAGUAGAACCUUGGUUCUCAAACUUAAUCUGUUCCGGAAGUCCAUUCGAAAACCAAGGCACGCUUUCCCAUAGAACAGGUACCCCCAAACUCGGCCCUCCAGAUGUUUUGGGACUACAGUUCCCAUCAUCCCUGACCACUGGUCCUGUUAGCUAGGGAUGAUGGGAGUUGUAGUCCCAAAACAUCUGGUGGGCCGAGUUUGGGGAUGCCUGCCAUAGAAAGUAAUGCAAAGUGGAUUAAUCCAUUCCAGUAACAUGAAUGUUACUAUCUAACGAGACCAUUGAUCCAUAAAAUGAAAGCAAUAAACAAUGAACUGCAGUAGCACAAUAAAUCAAUCAGUAGCUGAACUGGGUUCCACACAGUCACAAAAACAAAACAAAAAGAGCCGCAAAAACAAAAACGCAAAAUAAAUAGCAAAACCAGACAGACCUCAGCGUAAUACUCAAAACAGAAGUGUGGCACUCAAAAUGGAACAUGUUUGGCUUCCGAAAAAAGUUCGCAAACCGGAACACUUCCGGGUUUGCAAUGUUUGGCUUCCAAGUUGUUUGAGUACCAAGGCAGUUGAGAACCAAUGUACCACUGUAUUCCAUAUCCGUGUUAGACCAAGAAUGAGCAGCUGGUUACUUCCUUUUCCAGAUCCAGCCUUGUAACGCAUCUGGGAAAUGCAGCUGAAAAGUUCACACAGAAAUAAGUCCCACCAAAUUGUAAGAGUCCUGCUUCCUGGUAGGUCGGCAUAGGAUGGACCCUUAGAAUGCAUUCUGGCCCUAAUUUGAAAGCACAUUUAGGCUGCAAUGCAAUCCUUGCUUUGGAUAAGAUCCACCCAAACUCACUGAAAUUUUCAUCUGAGUAUGUGCAUCUGGGAUGUGCAUCCCUUUGAAUUCUUCAAGUUAGCGUGCAGAAGCUUGUCACCUUCAGAACUUUUAAGCUGCAGCUGGACUGCCCUCAAAGGCUAGAAUUCAAACAAGCUUGCAUUGUGUGGCUUUCAUUGGAAGGUAUGACCGAGAAAGCUCACAGGGGUCGGAGGACUUGGGACAGGGGAGGAAAAUGGUAGGUUGGUGCUUCUUUGGCUAUGGAGCGGCACUAGAAGAGAAGCAGUCAGAGCCAACGAAGGAGCCAACUCCUAGGCGCUGCGUGGGCUUUGGCCCCCAAAAUAAAAUAUUUGAGGGGGCUGGGCCCCCACAAGGUUGAUGGCCGUUGCCAUUCAAAUGGUGUGUGUGCACUGCGUCAUGUGAUCGAUUAUUCAGGGCGGGGCUUACCUGGCCCCCUGCAAUAUUUUAUUCAAGUUGGAGCUUCCACAAGCACAGGCAGUUAGAAGUUGAGUUGAGAACAGAGGCUGGAAAUUGGGCCACGCUCACACCAAUACGUUCAAAGCACUAUGAUACCACUUUCAAUUGUCACGAUACCCAGAGUUUCCCAGGAAAGAGGGAUUUAUUGUUAAGCCACCCUGGCCAUUGUAGCUAUAUGAGGGGAAUAAGGGGGGGUCUCCUAAAAAGCACCCUUAGCAAUCUACAGCUCCCAUAAUUCUUUGGGGGAAGCCAUGUGCUUUACAUGUGCAAUGAAUGCACUCCAUGGAUGGUUUGGGUCUGCCCUUUGUAGGAAGAAGGGGUAGGAGGGAUAGAGUCAGGGAGAGAGCGAUUGGGGAGUGGGAAACAUCGUGCAUGUGAUGCCGGGAGGAGCCAGGGGUGGAGCCAAACGUGGAGACCAUGAGGCUUCAAUGGUUGCUGGCUCCUCCUCUGCCUCCUCUGCCUGGGGCCACCGUGGCAGUGUUGGGAUGUGUCCAAUGGAACGGCGGCAUCAGGCAGGCCCCCAGCUGGCUCCAGCCCACCGGCCGGCAGCCAGACGAACUCCGGUCUCCCUUGGAACAACAUCAAAACAGCGGCACACAGCUUCAGAGGGGUGUUAUGUACUGAGUUGAAUAGGAUCCAAAAUGCAGCAGUCUGAUUGGUCCUAGAACAAUAAGAUUCAGAAUGCAGCAGUCUGAUUGGUCCUAGAACAAUGCAGCAGUAUGAUUGGUCUGCAAGAGCCACCCAAUCCAGCUCCAGAUGGAAGUGAAUUCACAACCUGAUUGGCCUACAGGAGAAUUCCGGAAUUAGCCAAUCACGUGCAGCCCAUUGUGUAAAUAAUGUAUAUAAAGCAGAUACUUUGGGGGGGACUUUCAUUCCUCCUCACCACUAUGAACUGAAUAAAGAGCAUGAAAUCCACUCUCGACUCUGAGUAUAUUUCAAGAAGCCUUCAGAAACCUGAGCACGCCUUAAGCAGCAGAGUGAAUAUCUCGCAACAGAAGUGGCGGACAGAGGCAUAUGUAAAGCGUAUUUACAAGCAUUUUAUUCAGCAUCAGGACAAAGGAAAAACAUGUCUGCUCCCCUUUGUGUCCAAGCAGCAGGAAGCACAAAGCAAAAGCAAUACACAAACGGAAGUUCCCAGCAAGCUGUGCUGGAAUGUAAACAGACAUGUGACAUACAGCAGCUCUACACAUCUGUUUAGGUGGAACAGAACAUCAAUAUCCUAACAGGCAGGAGGAAGAGGAGAAGGAGUAGAAGGAGUUGACCAUUGGAACCACACAGUGCUCAGCUCAGUUCUUCACUCAGUUCUGUGCUCAGUCUCCUCUCCCCCCUCAACAUUGGGGUGUGUGUGGAAGGCUCGCCCCAUCCCAAAAGAUAUUGAGGGCCCCCAAAACAGCUCAGGCCCCCAGGAGCUGGUGUCCCUGGGUAGAGUAUUUCACCUGCAGCAUGGAAAAUUCCACCAAGAAAAAGCCUGUUCAGAAAGAAUGUCCUAUUUCAGAAAACUUUGACCACCCCGCCCCGUAAAAGAGAGUUGCGUCCAAAGCGUGGGCUUGGCUCAUAUGCAUGAUUUCCCCAGAUAAAAGGAACAGAUGGACAGAAGGAGGAAUUCAAAGUAUGCUCAGCAAUUUCGCUGCUACAUUCCACCCCCUUCCAGCAGCCCGCCUGCCAGCUAGGGGCUUAUAUGGGAUUUUUGUCUGACAUGCCCUUCCUUUGCCAAUGAAUAAUAAGAGAGAUGCUUGUCCCCCUGUCCCUACCCCACCUUACUAAAUAUGGGACACACAUGACUACUGCUUAGCUUACUUUAGUAAGAAAACAACGUGAAACCUUGGGCUCUUAAGGGGGAACCAUUUAUUUUUGAAUCAGCGUUUGCAGCAUCAGAAAACUAGGCAGUGUUUUUCCCCCCUGGGAGCUAGUGCAGCUUACAAAAUUUUGAGAAUAUUAUUAAAGCAGUUGGAGUACUUAUCCUCUCCUGUGCAAGUAGCUCAUGGAAACAUAAGCAGGGCUUCCUAUUCCUCCUCCCAGUGCUAAUAUUUUUUUAUUCAGACAACGACACUGCAAGGUAGGCUACAGGCAGAGAAAAAGAGAGAAAAGGGAGAGAGUGGCUGGCUUAAGGACAUCCAAACAUCUUUUCAGGGUCACAACCAAAUACAUCUAAUGAAACCCCAGUACAGUUUUUGUUUUGGGCUGUGUGUGCGCUUGUGUUUUCAGAAGCAUCCAUGGAGUUGUUGUUGUUUAGUCGUUUAGUCAUGUCUGACUCUUCGUGACCCCAUGGACCAGAGCACGCCAGGCACUCCUGUCUUCCACUGCCUCCUGCAGUUUGGUCAGACUCAUGUUGGUAGCUUCGAGAACACUGUCCAACCAUCUCGUCCUCUGUCGUCCCCUUCUUCUUGUGCCCUCGAUCUUUCCCAACAUCAGGGUCUUUUCCAGGGAGUCUUCUCUUCUCAUGAGGUGGCCAGAGUAUUGGAGCCUCAGCUUCAGAAUCUGUCCUUCCAGUGAGCACUCAGGGCUGAUUUCCUUCAGAAUGGAUAGGUUUGAUCUUCUUGCAGUCCAUGGGACUCUCAAGAGUCUCCUCCAGCACCAUAAUUCAAAAGCAUCAAUUCUUUGGCGAUCAGCCUUCUUUAUGGUCCUGCUCUCACUUCCAUACAUCACUACUGGGAAAACCAUGGCUUUAACUAUACGGACCUUUGUUGGCAAGGUGAUGUCUCUGCUUUUUAAGAUGCUGUCUAGGUUUGCCAUUGCCUUUCUCCCAAGGAGCAGGCAUCUUUUAAUUUUGUGACUGCUGUCAACAUCCAUGGAGACGAGAUGCUUAACUCUGAAAACUCUGAUGUCUGCUCGUUUCCCCACUCCCUGUCAGUUUGGUGAUGCAGAAAAGUUUUCAACAGGUGUUUGAAGCUUAAAGCAGAAAGCUCCCGUCGAAUUUUCUGUUGGCAGAGCAUUCCACAGGACUGGGCAGAUGACACUAAAAGCUUGGUAUCUUCUUGACGUCCGAUGAGCUGCACCAACUUGGGAAACGAUCAGCAAUGCUCCUGCAGAUGAUCUCAGAGACUGAGCAGGGAUAUAAGGGAUCAGGCUGUUCCUAAAGUACCCUGGGCCUAAGCUGUUCAGGGCUUUGUAAAUUAAUACAAGGCCCUUGAACCUAGCUUGGUCGUAGAUGUAGUAGCCAGUGCAGGUGUUUUAACAGCGGUGUCACAUGUUGUCGGCCACGUGACCCCAACAGCAGUCUGGCUGCCGCAUUCUGCACCUGCUGGAGCUACUGAGCCAGACUCAAGGGCAGCCCCACACAGAGCGCAUUGCAGUAAUCCAGCCCUGAGGUUAGCAACGCAUCAACUACAGUGGUCAGGCUACUAAUAGGAACAAUCAUUUCCAACCAGAAAGAAGACUUUCUUUCGUUCAGCAGCAUAAUUAUAAGAGGUAGGGAGGUGGCGGUGUUAAUUUUGUUGCUCCUGUUAUUAAAGAAUUAGGAGCUGAAAUGUUUGUCGAUCUGUAAAUCACCCAGUGGAUCCAGAUUGGGUUUCUGUCCACUCUGGCCCAUCUCAGCUAUUUGACAAAUUCAGGUCUGAGCCAAAGACUUUGGGGGAAGUUGGGUUUUGACAAGGGAUUUGAAGAAUGUCAAAUGUUAUUCUUCCCUCUCACUUGUUUAAAUGAAGAUUUUGGAUAACUAUUCGGUUCUAUGCAGAGUUUUGUGUGAAUGUAUGUCUGAGCUGCUUGCAGAACUGUAGGCAUCAAUCCUAGCCUGAAACGGCCAUAAUCUUAGUUCAUUUUGACUCUGGAAAACCUUUUUUCCCCCUCCAGGUUUUUUUGUAUUGUUUGGCCAGGCCUAAGAUGAUAUUUGUACACUGUGGUGAGGAAUGAUGUCUCUCUCAAACUAAUGUCUCUCUCCAUCUGCACAGACAGAGUCAUCUGUUGCUUCUCUGUUGUGAUGCAACUGCAGAGAGGCUUGUGGUCACGGGCUAAGUGACAUUUAAAACCUUCCACUCCUUUCCCUCCCUCACAUGCUAUAGAAUCAGAUAAAGGUUACCCAUUCAGCACUGUAUUAUAGUGCCCUGCAGGUGAAUGGAGGGAGAUUUAAUUCCACCUGGGCGGCUGAGUAUAAUUUCUCUGGCACAGUGGCAUAAAUCACCUACCUCUAUUGUUACUGGCUUAAGAGAAACUGGAGAAGCCUCAGCCAGACCUUCCCCAUUCAGGAUGAGAUUAAGGCGGAGAGACAAAAAGGUUGCCACCCUCGGUCCCAUCCUACAGGGCAAGCUCAAGAGCUGGUUGCAAUAGGAACAGGGCAGAAUGAGAGGCUACAGUUUCUAACAUUUCAAAAAGUUGUACUUGGACCGGACUGAGGGUUCCUGCAGAAUGGUUUACUGAGCAUUCAUCCUGAUGUGCUUGCACAAAGCUUACGCAGAGGUUAGAUUAUAUUUGGUCUUCAUUCUGAUUUGAUGUUGGGUUGCUCAUCUUGGCUGUGAGUCCUGGAAGACCUGUUCCCUGCUUUGCAAGCCUUUUCCCACCUAGCCUGGGAGGGAGGGGCCCUGACUGACUCCAGCUACAAAAGCUGAGGCUGCUGGACAGACUCUUGGGCUGGGGUAUUGCUUAGUGGGGUUUGUUGGGGGCGUUGUUGUUGUUAAAAGGUAAAGGUAAAGGGACCCCUGACUGCUGGGUCCAGUCGUGACCGACUCUGGGGUUGCGGCGCUCAUCUCGCUUUAUUGACUGAGGGAGCCGGCGUACAGCUUCCGGGUCAUGUGGCCAGCAUGACUAAGCCGCUUCUGGCAAACCAGAGCAGCGCACGGAAAUGCCAUUUACCUUCCCACCGGAGCGGUACCUGUUUACCUACUUGCACUUUGAUGUGCUUUCGAACUGCUAAGUUGGCAGGAGCAGGGACCGAGCAACGGGAGCUCACCUCGUCGCCGGGAUUCGAACUGCGGACCUUCUGAUAGGCAAGUCCUUGGCUCCGUGGUUUAACCCACAGCGCCACCUGCGUCCCAUUGUUGUUGUUACUAAUGUUAAAUUGUUGUCUCUUUAUUUUAGAUCCAGUUACGAUUUAUGUGGCAAUUAUUCAAUUUGGUUGUGUGGUUUUUUGAUGAACAUAAGAAGAGCCCGCUGGAUGAGGCCAAUGGCCCAUCUAAUCUAGCAUCAUGUUCUCACAGUGGCUGACUUGAUGCCUGUGGGAAACCUACAAGCAGGAUUUGAGCACAAGAGCAACUCUGCCCUCCUGUGGUUUCCAGCAGCUGGAAUAAUAAUAAUAAUAAUAAUAAUAAUAAUUUAUUAUUUAUACUCCGCCCAUCUGGCUGGGUUUCCCCAGCCACUCAGGGCGGCUUCCAACAGAAUAUUAAAAUACAAUAAUCUAUUAAACAUUAAAUGCUUCCCUAAACAGGGCUGCCUUCAGAUGUCUUCUAAAAGUCUGGUAGUUGUUGUUCUCUUUGACAUCUGGUGGGAGGGUGUUCCACAGGGCGGGUGCCACCACCGAGAAGGCCCUCUGCCUCGUUCCCUGUAACCUCACUUCUCGCAAUGAGGGAACCACCAGAAGGCCCUUGGCACUGGACCUCAGUGUCCAGGCAGAACGAUGGGGGUGGAGACGCCCCUUCAGGUAUACUGGACUGAGGCUGUUUAGGGCUUUAAAGGUCAGCACCAACACUUUGUGGCAUUCAGAUAGCCACUGAUAGCUUUCUCUAGGAAUUUGUCUAAUCCACUUUUAAAACCAACAUUCAGCGUCAUUGAAUGUCUUCUAACAUUCAGUUUCACGGAACUUCCAUAAGUUCUAGUGUUAUAGGAGAGAAUGCUAAACUUUUCUCUGUCCACUUUCUUGAUGCCGUACGUAAUUUUAUAAAUUUCUGUCAUGUCUCCUGUUACUCAUCUUUUCUCUAAACUAAAAAGUCCCAAAUGCUACAACCUCUCUUCAAAAGUGACUCACUCUACCCCUUGAUCAUUUUGGCUGCCCUUUUCUGUACAAUUCUUUUCUUCUGGCUCAAAAAGCACAGCGGUUUGGUUUUUCUUUUUUGCAAAGGAAAAAAAAAGCAUUGCUGAGGGCACCCUUCCAUUUACACACACACAAAAAUAUGUUUUACGGUUAGCCAUCAUAACUUUGAUUUAAGGUAACCGAAGCUCAUUCCGUAUUUGGGCAAAAAUGCAGUGAUGGUGUAAGGCAAGGCUGUGUUUCUGCUUUGGGCAGGCUUGAUUUAGCCUGGCAGUAUCUUGGCAGGUAAACUGUCCCACUGGGUAGUGAUCCUGCACCCUGUUCUUUGCUGCAAAGGGACAAUUUUAUCCUCCAGUCUGUCAAAGCACUGCUGCAUUCCAGUGGAUUUUUUCCCCUCAAGGAUCUGUAGAAAGAAAUAGUACAGUGGUACCUCGGGUUACAUACGCUUCAGGUUACAGACGCUUCAGGUUACAGACUCCGCUAACCCAGAAAUAUUACCUCGGGUUAAGAACUUUGCUUCAGGAUGAGAACAGAAAUUGUGCUCCGGCGGGGCAGCGGCAGCAGGAGGCCCCAUUAGCUAAAGUGGUACCUCAGGUUAAGAACAGUUUCAGGUUCAGAACGGACCUCUAGAACGAAUUAAGUUCUUAACCAGAGGUACCACUGUACAGUCAUACCUCUGGUUGCAAACACUGUGGGUUGCGCGUUUUCGGGUUGCGAACCGCACUGAACCUGGAAGUACCAGAAUGGGUUACUUCUGGGUUUCGGCACUCGCGCAUGCGCAGAAACACAAAAUGAUGUCAUGUGCAUGCGCAGAAGCGCCAAAUCGCGUUACGCACAUGUUGCAGGUUGCGAAUGUGCCUCCCGCACGGAUCACGCUCGCAACCCGAGGUAUCACUGUACUCAAGAAGGAUUCCCCUUCCCCUGGGUUGUCUGUUGUAUAUGACGCUGGCAUAUUUUAAGCCCCUCUCACACUUUCAUGCCAUGUGCAAAUAAUGUUGAAGGGAACUCAGAAGAGAAAGCUCAAAUGGAACUGUUAUUAAUGCUGUCUGCAGUAGGAGCCGUUUUGAAACAAAGUGGACUUUGCUCUAAGAAUAGGGCCCUAGGUCUUCCUUUACAGAUGACAGCCCUCCAUUUGAAAUCAAUCCUCUUUGUGAAGGAGUCCUCUAGAAGAAGGGUAUUGUUGUUCAUUUGUGGUUUAAAGAUACCUAAGGAAGGUGAGCAGGAGAGGCCUUGAAGUUGCCCGUUUGGAGUGAGCAGUACCUGAGCAUCAAACCCAUCAGGCACACAGAUCACCAGGUCAUUUGCCCCCCACUGUUGUGUUUCUGCUGAAAUAAUAGUCUUUCUAAAGUUUCAUCUAUGCCUAUAACCUAAUAUGUACAAAUCUGUGCCUUUUUCAUUCUCUCUCUUUUUGUGUCCUCUCAGAGAGCAGUGUUGAUGGCUUGUCAAGAAAUGACACAAUUUUCUUGUGGGCUUUUCUCUCUCCUGAAAAAGAGAAAUAUAUUUGCUUUUGGAAUAAUUUUCUACUACUACAGUUUUGUGUUUUGGCUUCAGUAUAUGCUACUAAAAACAACCAUAACAAACCAAAACAGAUUUUUAAUUUUUUAUAUUUUUAUCGCAAUCUCACCUUUCUUCCAAGGAGCUCAAUGUGGUGUACGUGGUUCUCGUCCCCAUUUUAUCCUCACAAUAACCCUGUGAGGUAAGUUAGGCUGAGAGACAGUAACUGGCCCAGGGUCACCCAGUGGGUUUCAUAGAUGAGCAGGGAAUUUUAACCUUGGCCGUAAGCCAACCAUCUAAUCACUAUUCCAUACUGACUCUCAAUACUGACUUUGAGCUCCAUGAGUGAAAAUUGCCUCAUAUAUUUUCUGAUAGACUAUUCUUACUAUUUUCAUUUAUUUGUCACUUUCCACAACAAAAUGUCUCAAAGAGACUUGCUGAUCUCUAACUUGCUCACAAAUCUUAAAAGGCAAAUGCAUCAAGGAAACAAGUUUGUGUAAUCUGGAAAUGAUAGCAACAGAGAAAGCUCCCCUGGAUGCGUGAUUUACGAUGCUCUGAUUUGACAGAGUGUUUCAGGGUGAAGACGGAUAUAGAUUUUUAAGAGCAGGACCCUGUCUAUUUGUAAUCUACCAUAUAAACUAGAUUCACAACUUCCUGAACAUACAGUAAUUCAUAAAACAAGGAACCAGCAGAUGAAAGAAGAGGAAUCAGAUGUAGCCACUGGAACAGAAGGGGUAGAGAUCUGCAAAGUUGCAUGUGCCAUAAUUUAUUAAGAUCUGGAUUUCAAGUCUCCAGCUUUCUUGAUGUAGUGUGAAAUAUGGUCUUGUUUUUUCUCUGAAAGAGCUGAAUCAGUUUUCCCUGAGAAAGAGCUACAGUACAUGAAACGCAUCAUCAGGCAAUAAAUGAUCUUCUAUGCACCUUUUGGACGUCUCUUCUGCUUUCAUUCUUAACAUAAUUCAUACCUGCAAGUCAAGUACUAGAUCAGCCUUGCAGCUUCCACUGUGCAUCUGGCAGACUGCUUUUGUUAGAAAGACAGACAGACAGACAAACAGACAGGGAAAGGUAGGUAGGUAGGAGGCACAUGAAAUCCAAGGGCUCUACCAGACUACCUUUCAUUGAGAAUUCCUUCAGAUUGGUUCACAGAGAGAUCAAAGCAAGUGUUAUCUCAUAUGUCACAAUAGAUUUUCUUCUCACUUUCCUUACUGCUAAAAGUCAAAUCUUUGGAGGAAGAGGGUUUCUUGCCCAAGACCUCUCAAUCAACCAUCAUUCUACAACCUGAAUUUGCAGGUGUGUGCUCAUAGGUUCAAAGAGCAACACAGGACAGUUUGAAAGCCUUCCCCUGAACAGCCCUUUGCUCCUCUUUAAGUCUCUGUUAAAGAAAAACUUCUUUAAGCAUCCAAUUUGCUUGCAAAGGGCUUCCAGAUAGCUCCAUGCUGCACUGUGAAGACUCAAAGUGGCCUUGCCACCAACGGAGCAGGUAGGCCAGGAUCCAGAUGCAUUGGCAAAUCCUCACAGUUGCAUUGGUGCAACUUGGUUCCCCUGGCAUAGUGUGACUGACCUGUGACCCUCCAGAUAUUGCUGGAUUACAACCCCCAGACCAUUGACCAUGGUGAAUGGAGCUGAUGGGAACAAAAUCCAGAUGGCCACAGGUUAGACGCCCCUGCUUUUGCUUCCUAGCUGGUAUAUGUCAAGUAAAGAAUGCUUCCUAAAAUUAAUACUGCUACAGACAAGCACAUUAAAGUGUGAAGUGCAGUUAUAACAAGCAGGAAAACUUAAAAACACACAGCUGCUAAUUCAGUGUACACUUAGAUAUCUUUGCACCUAAUGCUAUUAAAGUGCAAUUCUAAAAAGAUAUAAAUAUCAUUCAGUAUCGAAUAUUACAAAUAUUAUUGCACCUGGUGCUACUAAAAUAAAAUACAGACCGCCGCAUGGUUCUGUGUGCCUCACUGGGCGAUUUACAGCUCCUUACGACCAAUCAAACCCUGGCAUCUGUUUUCUAAUUAAGGCUCAUCUUCCCUUUUGCACAGAGUGCUGAGAGCUUCCUGGAAUCGAAUGCAAACAUGAGGCAUUUGCUAUAGCGAUGUGGUACUCGGCAGUGCUAAUUAAUUUCAGCGGGAGCUCGGUCUGCUUUGGUGUCUUUGUACAAUCUCAGACUUCUGAGACUGUUGUUCUUACAGUGAAGCCUAAUUAACAAUCCCCUUUCUGAAACCAAUGCUGCUGUGAUGCUCUCAGAUUUUUUUGGUGCCUGAAUGCAGCUAAUAUUGCGUUUGUGUUUGACUUCCAAUCUACUCAAUUACAAUUUCUUUCCACUUCUAUUACUUUCUUUCACACACCUUUAACCUAAUUUCAUACUUCUUUUUCUGUUACACAUUGUUAUCCAUCUUAUUUAGUAUUUCAGUAUUUGAAACGGAACUUGUUCAUUCUAAUAGGAGUUCUGAUUUUUCGAUAUGGUUUUGCAAGUAUCUUUUAAACACCUUCCAGUCCCUGUCUAUCUUCUCUUUUGAGAUCCUUCCAAUUUCUCCCAUUGUUUUGGAUAUGUUGUAGUACUCCAAUAAUUUGGCAAACCACUCUAUUUUUGUCGGUACAAUACCGCUUUUCCAAUUUUUCGCAAUCAAUAGCCUUGCGGCUACUGUUGUGUAUAAAUAUAAGGUCUUGUCUUCUUCCUUUAGGCUUCCUGGUACUAUUCCCAAUAGAAAACCCUCUCGUGUUUUCCUAAACGAAUAUCUGAACAUUUUUUUCAUUUCGUUAUAAAUUAUUUCCCAAAAUUGUUUGAUGUUUAAACAAUUCCACCAAAUAUGUAUCAUAGUCCCUUUUCCAGUGUUGCACUUCCUUGAGGAGGCCUUGCAGAGAAGGCAGGCCUUGGCAGAGGUCUUGCAGAGGCAGCACCAGAGAAAGCGGGACAUCACAGACUGACAUAAGAAGCCAGGGCAGCUUCUGUGUGAUGGCCUGGAAUUCGGACUCGAAUGCUGAACCUGAGGGAUCCCAGCCUGCACAGGAUUCUCUGCCUCCAGAACCAGCUGAGCCGGGGCUGGGGCAUGAGCCUGAAGGGUCCUCACCUGUGCUGGCUCAGGUGCAGGCAUCAGCUAAGUCUGCUCUGGCUCCUGAGGGGAUGGAGGACCCAUUGCCUGCAGGUGCUCCACUCUCAGCCCAGUCAGAGGAAGCUGAGGUUGCCUCUGGGUCCGGUAACCCUCCUGAGCUGCAGAGACUCAGGGCAGAGAGGUGGAGGGAACUAAGUUCCCGCAGGAGGAGUGUUCGCCUCCAGGCCAGGAGAGGCGAGUCACCAGAGGAUCGGGGCCGCCCUAUGCCCCGGGGCAGAUAAAAGCCGGCCAGCCCCAGUCCCAAGUUGCGGGAGCAACAUUGUUGGUUGCGAGUUCCUGCCUGAACCCUGUCCUGCUUUCCUGCCUGAGCUGACCAGUGCUGGCUCCCUGCUUGCAAGCCUGUUACUGACUUCACCCGGCUCCCUGCCCUGCACCCAGCUUCAGCUACUAUGGACUGCCUCCUCGUUGCACCUUUGACCAUGGACCAGACUUGGACCUUGCCUUUUGGGUAACCCACGGGACCAGCACAUUCUGUCAAUCUGUGACGUCCCAGAGAAAUCAGGACUAUUGUCACAGGUGUUAUAUGUUAGGUUUGCCAUACAUCCGGAAUUUCCCAGACAUUGCCAGGAUCCGGCCAUUGGAAGGGUGUCCGUGUAGGGGAAAAGCUCAACAACUUUGGGUGACGACUUCUUUGGUGUCCGGAUUUUCACUUUUUGAAAUAUGGCAACCCUGUUAUAUGCUCAAGCCAUCUUGCUGCAAUGUGCAAUUUGGCAGCCGAAUUCUGCACCAGCUGAAGUUUCCAAACCGUCUUCAAAGACAACCCCAAUUAUGACGUGUUGGAUUUCUGUUUCACGCAUGGUGGGGAAUAAUCGAACAUCUGUAGUUUCUGCUUGUGUUUUUGUUGGAAUCCUCCGGCAUCUCUCGUCAGGGUCUGCGGCUCCUCUGCUUCAGAUGUGGAGGCCACAGAAGUAAUGACUGGGUCUCAGAGUAGGCUGCUUGAUGUGUGACUCAGUGCUCUGGGUGCAAGAGUACAGCGCACACUCCGGUCCUAAAUCAGAAAGUAAAUCUGCACAGCUGUCAGCCUUAGGCUAGCCUUCCCUCAACCACGGGACCUUCAAGUGUUUGGGACUAGCGUACCCAUCAGCUAGCAUGGCAGUGGCUGGUGAGAAGGCACCAAGUUGGCAAAGGCUGCCUCAGACCCUGGUGGCCAUUGGGACAGGUAGAGCUUAAAGCAGAGUAUCCUACUGGAGAUAGGCAGCUAAUGACAGGCAGAGCCGAUGAAUUCUAGUUUGUCCCCAUCCUCUUCCCUGCUGAGUUCUGCAAGGGCAACACUAAGACUACAGAGGAGGAAGCUGUAUUAGCUGUAAGUAAGAAAGCAGAUCAGUGCGGCAGAUUGGACUUGGUGGGGUAAAGCCCCAUUUGCCCUAUGAUACAAUAAUCUUUAUUGUCAUUGUCCCAUACAGAACAACGAAAUUGAAAAAAUCUACAUCAGACAUUCAAAAACCAACAAGCCUGCUAUCCUAGCUAUCCCAGCCUGGUUAACCCCCUAAAAACUCUGAUACCCCAUAAUUAAAUACGAUAUACUCCCACAGAGACUUCCUUACACUGCGUUUAAAGCCAAAAUCGGCUAAAUUUCUCAGUCCUAGUCCUAGUCUUUAUAACCCUGUACAGUGGUACCUCAGAUUAAGUACUUAAUUUGUUCCGGAGGUCCGUACUUAACCUGAAACUGUUCUUAACCUGAAGCACCACUUUAACUAAUGGGGCCUCCCACUGUCACCGUGCCUCCAGAGCACGAUUUCUGUUCUCAUCCUGAAGCAAAGUUCUUAACCUGAAGCACUAUUUCUGGAUUAUCGGAGUAUGUAACCUGAAGCGUAUGUAACCUGAGGUACCACUGUACCUUCUUCCAGAAGGCAGAAGCUGAAGGAGAUCACAUCCGGGGUGCGUACUAUCUUGCACUAUCUCUGCAGCUUUCUUAUGACACCUGGAAGCAUAGAUUUGAUCCAAGGUGGGAAGAAUGCACCCGAUUAUUCUCUCCGCAGUCUUUACAACCCUGGAGAGCAUUGCUUUUUCCCUGACCGUGCAGCUCCCAAACCACACACACAGACUAUAAGUUAAUAGACAAGCAUCCACUGGCCUCAGACCAUUUCAAAUGAGGAGGUCGAAUUCUGGCCUUCCCUUUCUAACCCAAGGCAUUUCUCCCUCCUCUGGGUUCUGUCCUAGCAUAGGCUUGGGAGAUUUGAGGUAGAGCUGCCUCCCGAUUCAGAAACACUUCCUAGUUUUGAGUUGGGUUAAGAAUCACAGAAUCGUAGAAUUGGAAGGUUCACCUAGCCCAAUCCCCUGCGAUGUAGGAAUCUUUUGCCCAGUGUGGGACUUGAACCCACGAUCCCAAGAUUAAGCGUCUUAUGAUCUACCGACUGAGCUAUCCUUCUUAAGGAAGCCGUCAGAAAAGCAAAAAGGUUUUUCUUUAAAAAAUAAAUGCAACCAAUCGUAAUAAUAAUCCCAAUUUUGCUGCACGGGCACAGAAAGCAGUGGCGUUGAAGGAUAUCAUUAUCUCAUCAGGGAGCGAAGAUGAUGAUAGGAAAUGUCUACACACUCCUGCUGGUAAACUGCUGCUAUUUCCAGGGCACUCGUCCAUUGGAUUAAUAGCCAGCAGCACCGCCAAGGAGAUGUCCGACCAGAAUCGUCAGGAACGGCUGCCAUUCUGUUGUGAGGGCACCUUUAGCAGAAUGCCCCAGGAUGCUGUCUGGUCCGCCCAUCUGCGCCGUCUGCUGGUAAAGGUUCUGAAUGGACGGCCCUUUGCACAGUGCACAUUGUGGGAUUUAUAAUGGAGUGGAGGCCUCCAACUUAGUUGGCUUUAGAAGGGGGGUUAAGAAAUCCACUCCAUUUCAUCGUGGGGAGGAGUUGCGGUGGACCGCGUGGCCACCCACUUUUCCCCAGGGGCGGGGGACGAAGUCCCGCGUUGCCCUGGGGAUCUCGGCCGCGUCAGCACUCAGCCAGCCAAUUAGCUGGUUGGUGGGGGCAUGGCCGGGACCAUUUAAACAGAGGCACGAGAUGAAGGGCUUCCUCCUGGCUCGCUUCUUCAAUCUCCUGCCCUCCCUCCCCUUGUUUGCAGGUUUUCACCGGCCUUGCUAUGGACCUCGGUUGGUUGCCGUUAAGGGGCCUGGUAGGAAUUUUUCCACUUGGCAAAAUUGGCGCGGGCCAUUUGGUUUUUGCCUACCUCAUAACAAUCGUCACAACUUGGUAAGGUUUUGCGGUUAGGCAUUGUUUGACCUUUUGAUGGGGGAGGGGAGGUGUGGCCAUCACCUGCCCCUCCAAGCUUAAGGGUAUUCUGCUAAAGGAAUCCGGGCGUGUGGAUCUUGUCCGAAGCCCAGGGUGGGGCUAGGGCCAUGACACGACCCCGUCGGGAACACCUGGGGGAGCUUGAGUUGGUCUGCAUCGAUGGGGCUCCCCCUUCUGGUGGUAUCCCUUACCGGACUCCCUGCACAAUGGGCAGGAGUCAGAUAUAGUCGGGUCCAUUCAAUGCCUAAGCCAAUUACCGCUCACAUUCUAUAAUCAAUAAAGUUGUGGCCUAAAUUUGCCCAAUAACAUUAACCUAAUAUCUGUGUCCUGGUGUAUUUUAUGCUUCUACGAGGGGGUGGUUGCGGGGUCUAGACAUGCAAAUUCAUGUAGGAAGAAGCCAACAGUGACUACUAGCCAUGAUGGAAGUGCACAGCCUCCAUUGACAGGGACACUGUGCCUCCAAAUACCAGUUUCUGGGGAUUCGCGAGUGGGAAGAGUGCUGCUGCUCUCAAGUCCUGCUUGCAGUCUUCCCAUGAACAUCUGGUUGGCCACUGUGAGAACAGGAUGCUGGACUAGACCAGAGACUUCCAAGUGUCCCUAUUUCUUAGGGGCGGUCCCAAAUCUACAGAAGCCAUCCCAGUUGAAUGUCCUGCUUUUCCUUAGGACGUCCCUGUUUUCGUUGGAGAGGUGUUGGAGUUAUCUGACCCCUGAGCCAUCUGAAAGCAGCCCUGUACAGCCAUACCUCUUGUUACAUCCGCUUCAUGUUACGUUCUUUCAGGUUACGUUCUCUGGCGACCAGGAAGUACCAGAAAGGGUUACUUCUGGGUUUUGCCGCUUGUGCAUGCGCAGAAGCACAAAAUGACAUCACGUGCAUGCUCAGAAGCAGCGAAUCGCAACCCACACAUGCGCAGACGCGCUGCUGCGGGUUGUGCUCUUUUCAUGUUGCGAACGGGCCUCCGGAAUGGAUCCCAUUCUCAACCAGAGGUACCACUGUACAGGGAAGUUUCUUUUAAUGAUUUAUUAUGUUUUUAGAUAUGUUGGAAGCUGCCCAGAGUGGCUGGGGCAACCCAGGCAGAUGGGCCGUGUAUACAAAUAGUAACAUUAUUGUUGUUGUUAUGAUGGAAUAGGACACCUCUGUUUUCAUCGGAGAAAUGUUGGAGGGUGUGCUAGACAGACCUUUGGCCUGAUCCAUCUUCUUACGCUCUGGUGUCUUCCAUUGCACAUUUAUUGGGAAAGGUUGUGGUUCCCAUUAAAUUGGGGAUGAGCAGAAGAAGAAGAAGAGUUUGGAUUUGAUAUCCCGCCUUUCACUCCCCUUCAGGAGUCUCAAAGCGGCUAACAAUCUCCUUUCCCUUCCUCCCCCACAACAAACACUCUGUGAGGUGAGUGGGGCUGAGAGACUUCAGAGAAGUGUGACUGGCCAAGGUCACCCAGCAGCUGCAUGUGGAGGAGCGGAGACGCGAACCCGGUUCCCCAGAUUACAUGACUACCGCUCUUAACCACUACACCACACUGGCUCUUGGUUUUAGGCCCCUGGUUGGUCACAGGCAGGGGUGAUUUUGUGGGAAUGUUCAGGGUGGCAGGAGAGGAUAUAUUGUUUAAUAAUAUUCUUCCUAUCUUGCAUUAGCAAGUUUCUUUACUUAGCAGAGUUUACAUGCACAGCAGAAAUCUGGUUGCAGGCUCAUUAGAACCUCUUACUAUUAUGCAAUUCAAUCUCCCUCAGAUUGAAUUGUAUGUUCCUGGUAAGACCCCCUUUUUAAAUCCCUCCUAAAAGAAUAAAGACACCACAGUCUUAUUCAUAAGCAAUAAAAGGAAAGUUUACUCAUGAUCAGGCAGAGCACAGUGUGAUCCCUGAAGGCAGGCUUAAGGCUUAAAGUUACAAGCAUAUACAAACAGGUUUACCCCAUAUGUGUGUUGACCUAGUAUCUGCAGUUAGCAGUCCGGGAAGUUCGCAGGACGAAAGGAAUAUGGAAAAGAGAAAGCAGUGCCAGCAUGCCUUGUCCGUUUACAAGAUCUGGAAAGGUGACACCCACCCACUAGUCACAUUCAAGGAAGGCCUCUCCAGGCCAGGAGGAACAAGAAGUUUGACUGGCUGGACCAAACAUUCCCUUGCACGUCCACUCUAGCAAAACAAGGAAUGUUGUACUUGACUGCUCUCAGUGGAUUGCAUCCCACAGAUUGGUUGGUGGGGCAUGUUCCAGUAGGUGUGGCCAGAGCUAGCCACUUCCACAAAAGCACACAUUAACACACACAGUGUGGAGCGACUGACUUUUCUCCCCUUUGUGGCCAAGCCAUUAUGAGGUGAGUUUUCUUGAGGGUGGUUGUCAGGCUUCGGGUAAUCAGAUCCCUCCCACAGUGGCAGCCAAGAAGCAGAGAAACGAUAAAAGUUCUUACCAAGCAAUGUAUUCAAUAAUUCACAGAGAGCGACGAAGGAAUGCAGUCUUCCGUAAAUAAUGGCGUUGCUCCAAGUAAAGUCCCUACCCCCCUACGACUCCCCUAUUUGAUGUCACUCCUCUGUCGGUUAAUCUGAGCUUUCUGCCUCUGAGCUCUCUGUUCUACUACUCUCAAUGCACGCCUGGUCCUGGGAGAGGAAUGCUUUCCAAGGACACUGAGUCUGUCAGCUAUCUCCCCCUGGUGCUGCUUCUUCCUGCUGUUCCUUUCCCAAUAUUUCCCAGCUUCUGCCCUCUGCAGCCUCUGAACUAUGCCCUUCUGCAAGCCACUGUUCUAAAUCUAUACUGUCCUCCUGUUCUAGGGAAGGUUCGGGAGAGGGGUGGUCCCCACCCUUCCUCCUCAGUCCAGCCCCUGACAGCAGUCCUGUCUGGUUGGUAGACCUGCAGUGAAUGGGCCUGCUAAAUGGGGGGGGGAUGUCGUUCCCAGAGUGGCUGGUUUUUAGCACCUCCCCAGACAGUAGAGAAUUAUGUGUUGUUGUGCAUAGUUUGCAGCUCACAGCCUGCUGUGUGGAGGAGGCCCCCAAGCCCACCCUGAGAAGAAAUGAUGCACCCUGGGAACAAGUAUUCGUGACUAUAGCCGUGCAGAAUGGUACCACAACACCCACCAGAGAGUCACCAACAACUACCCUUCAGCCUUCCGUCACCCACUGAGUGUAUGGGAGAUGGCCGUGAGUAAUGGGUGCAGGUAGGCAGAAAUAAUGAAAUCAUAGGACUGUUGGAAGGGACCCAAAGGGUUCCUCGGUGUAUCUCUAUGCACACAAGAGAAGGAAUGAGAGCGAGUGGUUGUUACUGUACACUUGAUGCCGUGGGCGGGCUGAUUGGACCAUGUGGUGCCAUUUUACAGCAGCUCCGAGUACAACUCUUGCCAUAUGGAACGGGAGUUCCCAGCUCACAAGUCCUGCUUCUUUCCCUCCUACGGCCAGAUGUCCUAAGCUAGCAGGAGGGCGCUCCAUCUUUUGCCUCGUCUAAUUUGAGGGAAGACGCGUCAUCGGUAGCAGGCACCGUUCCCAGCGUUGGCUCAGCGAUGGCUCAGAUCCUCUUGUCUGUUUUCUGUUGAAAAGCGCAGAGUGAAAACAAGGGUGUUUAAUUGAGACCCACAAGUAAUGCUGUCAUAGAUCUAUGGUGCUAAAUGCUUAGGUUAGUAAACAUUAGGAUUUAAUCAGAACUUGUAUGUUAUGAGGCGGUCUCAAAUGUAUAUUAACGUUAACGGGGUUUGAGGUGUUUAAGUAGCGGUUUAUGUGUAAAGGUUGCGUAUCAGACCUUGAGAAUGUAAUCAAGAUCCAUGUGUAUUGGAAUAUGUGUGUGGACCUACUUCUGAGCAUCACCUAUUAUUAAUUAACUAAUUAAUUAAUUAAUAUCUGGUCUGCAGAUCUGAUUAGGCUCACCAGGUCUCCCUAUUUGGUCUGCAAAGUUGUUUUGACCAAGCCAUGCCCACCAACUGUACGCCUGGUGCUAAAUAUGACGUCAGAUGCGAUGAUGACCAGCUGAUUGCUGGGACUUGUAAAGCACUGUGUACGUGCAGUUGUCAUUUGAUUUCAAACUAUGCAGGCAAAAACAGGUCACCUGACAUCAGAUGACUGACAGGUGGGUAGCCCUGCCUACUUGUCCAACCUGGCCUGGGGGAGGUGGGAGGUCCGCUUCUCUAUCCCUGGCUUAGUGUUAUGAAUGAAUCUUGUGCGGUGUUUUAACUAUGGUUUGUUUACUGCCACCAAGCCCACAAUCUGAAUCCAUGGUCUGCCGUUAGCUUGCAAAGCUUGGUUUGCUUUACCUACGGGACCGCCUCUCCUGGUAUGCCCCGCGGAGGACCUUAAGGUCCACAAAUGACAACAUUUUGGAGGUCCCAAGUUGCAAGGUGGUUAGAUUGGUCUCAACUAGGGCCAGGGCCUUUUCAGUACUGGCCCCAACUUGGUGGAACGCUCUGUCACAAGAGACUAGGGCCCUGCCGGACUUGACAUCUUUCCGCAGGGCCUGCAAGACAGAGCUGUCCACCUGGCCUUUGGUUUGGACUCAGUCUGACCCUUAUGUUUCCCUCCCCUUAUGGUUUUGAUCUAUGGGGUAUUAUUAAAAUGAGGCUGCAUUUUAAAUUGUUUCCCUCCCUUAUUAUGUUUUUAUUGUAAUUUUACUGGUGUUAGCCACCCUGAACCCAGCUCCAGCCGGGGAGGGCAGGGUAUAAAUAAUAAUAAUAAUAAUUAUUAUUAUUAUUAUUAUUAUUAUUAACUGUACUUUGUGCAACCAACACACUCCCCCGCCUCAACCUGCUGGAUUUUGAAACAACUUUGAAAUGGCAAUUGCUUGACCUGAUAUCAUAUAAUCUACCUGCAAACAAAUCAGAAUGAAUGCUCAAAAGUCUCUUGGAAGCAACAGGUGUUGGGUUGGGUGUUGAGGAAACAUUCAUGGGUGAUAGAGUUAGCUGCCAUGUUUUAGGUUCCCUCUCCUUAGUGUAGAGAUCAAACUAUACAUCUGUGCAUUGGUGGUUUUUUAAAAAAAAGUUUUUAAUUUGAUAUUAAAAAAUUUAAACAUGCAACAAACAACAAUUCGCAAUCUAAAGAAUGAGAUUACUCUGAAUCUCCUGACCUCCCCUCAUCCCUUCCAUGGCUCCUAAUGAAAGUAUUUACAACUGCAUAUCAAUAUUUAUCCAAGUAUUUUUCCUUCUGAAUUAUCCAUAGUAUCCGUUACUUUACAAGUGUGGUUAAAAUCCUGCCAAUGUUUUAAUCUGCUUGCAGUGGUCUCUUAUGUAAAUUAUAAACUUUCCCCAUUCUUUUUAAAAGUGCUUGUCUUCUUGAUUUCUGAGCUUCCCAGUUAGUUUUGCCAUUUCGGCAUAGUCCGCCAUCUUGAUCUGCCAUUCUUCUCUGGUCGGGGUUGGCUCUUCCUUCCAUCUCUGGGCCAGUAGUAUCUGUGCGGCCAUCUGUGCAUUGUUUUAACUCUUCUGUCACAAUUAUAUUCUUAGUCUGAUGUUCUUAGUCUUAACGCUUUAUCUGCAAAACCUUGGAACUGAAAAGCUUUGGCUCAGGCUGAGGGUGCUGCUGCCAUUUCCCCCCUUUUUUCAAACAGAAGAAGCAAUAUUAAACAGGCUUAAUAACAGGCAUUUCCCACCCUGCCUAUUGUUUAUAUGUAUAAGCUACAGGGAACAGCCACCUAAUUAAGAUAAUUGUACUUUGGCAAGGAGAUUCUUGAUUUAUGCUGGAUACUCACUCCCCAUGCUCAUUACUGAAAACCAUGUGGGUGCUUUCCUAGUUGAACAAAGCGAGCAGGGAGAGCAAGCCAGCUACCCCUCCCCAGGCAUUGGGAUGAAUCUACAGAAAAUGCAUCCGCAGUAUGAAAAUUUGAUGGUAUGAAACUUCAAUCCAUCCUUGGGCUCCUCUGAACAACCUAUCCGUUGAGCAUUCAUCCUGAUUUGCUUGCACAAAGCUUAUGCAGUAGUUAGACCACAGGCCCCUCUAUAAACAUCCUCUCCCCCCCCCUUUUUGGUAUACAUUUUUAUUUACCGUAUUUUAAUACAGACAGAACAAAGAAACAUAUUUACAAAGCUGCACUGUGGAUCAAUGUCAAAUAUAAAGUUUUUAACUUAAAAAGCAGGGAGAAUGAAAAAAAGGCAAUAGCGCAAGAUACAGAUUAGGAAACACAGGUAUCUCCAAUAUCAAAGGAUUACAAUUCUGAGCUAAUUUAUUUAAUCUGUUAGGUGGAACGGGAAAGAGACAUCAAGAGGCCUGCGGUGUAUGACAUCUAUUGAAUCAACCAGGUGGAGGAGAAUGUCCAUGUGUCAUUGGCAAGCGUAACAAAACUGUGCCACACUGAAGGAAAUCUGUUUUUCUUGCUUUGACCUUUAACAAUUCACAAUUUAUAUGCUAAUUUUUUUCUAAGAAGGCUAUCUCCCAAACUUUCAAGUACCAUGCUUGGAGGACAGCACCAGGAAGGUCUUUUCCCAGCAGACGUCCUUUUUAUUGUGCAUUGAUGUUGGUUUGUGCUUAUAAUGGUAUUUGGUAUUUAGUCCCAGUUUUGUUGUGGCUCCAUACGGCAAUGGUGCAAAUAAUAUGCUCUCCCAAGUCCACAUUCCCAGCAUGUUCACAAUCCUGGCUUUGUCAUGUCCACAAAAUGGAAGAUGGCAGGAUUCCUAAGGAUGUGCUCUAUGGGGAGCUGGCUUCAGGCACCAGGCCCAUUGGCAAACCAACUCUGUGUUACAAAGAUGUCUGCAAAUGCGUCACAAAGGCUGGCAACAUCAACCUUUCUCUUUCCCCACAAUACAACAGUAGCGAUGGGUGAAUCUCUCUAUUUCAGUUUCUCAUUUGUCCCAUCUAAAGUUCAGUUCUCCAAAUUUCCACAUUGCAGUGAUACCUUGGUUGUUGAAUGUAAUCUGUUCCGGAAGACCAUUUGGCUUCCAAAACGUUUGACAACUGAGGAGCAAAGGGUGGUCUCCGAAGUCAACAGAGAAAAUUGAAAAACACGCACCAUUCAACUUCUGAGGCACGUUCAAAAACAGAAGCAAUUACUUCCAGGUUUUCAGCAUUCAAAAACCAAAACUUUUGGCUUCCAAGAUGCUUGAAAACCGAGGUACCACUGUAGUUUGUGGUGGUUGUUUUUUAAAAAAGCCCUCAAGAAAAUACAUCAGCAUUUUAGUGUGACUUUCUCCUACUACACAAAUGUUGUUUGUGUGCAGUUUUCCCUAAUACAUACAUUUUUUGCAAAGCAGUUCCUCCCUAAUAUAGUGCGUUAUUGUUUCCAUUAAUAUAUGCACUUCAAUGUAUAUAUGCGUAUGCAUUUUUGUAUACAUUACUUGACUGGGGAACGGUGCAGCAAAAUUCUGAGAAGUGCAAAUGGCAAAAUGGCUGUUUUGGGAAAAUGUGAAUUAGGCAGGUUCGCCUUUAAAUGCAAACUGAAUCCCAUUUCCCCCCAUCCUUGCUUGACAACAAAACUAGGGCUUCGGUUUGUUCUCGUUUGCAAAGCCCAGACUGCAAGGAUCAGACUUCUUGUGCCAUAGCAAUGUCUGGAAUCUGGCAGAGUGAUCAGAGACCAAAUUACCUAGAGGAAGGUUACAUAAAUGUGCCGCAGCUGAAUAUUUUCAUUUUACUGCAUCACCUCAGUUCCUAGGAUGGGACUACCCUGCGGGGCUGGAUGCGGAUCCUGGAAAAGUACAGACAGAGUGACGAGGAAGUUAUCAGUAUUCUUGCCCCCUCCCUUCUAAGGGUGCUGGCUGGGUCAUAAAGCAACUGUCACAUUGCAUUAGCCUGCGAACUGCUUCUCUCCACACAUGCCAGCGAAGGCAACUGCAGCACCGUUUGUGAGCAGUGAGAGAUCAGUGCCUUUUGUUCAUCAGACAACACUCCCUCCCCACGAGACCCGCACGCUUGCUUCUUUCGCAUGCAGAACGAGGUUCUCGUGCCCAGCAACCACCCGGUCCCUUGUGGGUUUGUGAUCUUGUGCAAAGAGAUUCUGGAACACGUGCAGCACCCUAAAUCCAGGCUGUUUCUGCGCCUACAUUUCAGGAAGGUCUCCCUGCUGCUUGCAUAGUGAGAGGCAGUGUUGCGUAAUGGUCAGAGAAUCAGACUAACGUUGGGGAGAACUGGGUUCAAAUAGUCACUCAGGCAGGGGUGCCAACUUGAAUAAAAUACAGGGUGGGAGCAGGCAAGUCUCGACCUGCAUAAUCGAUCACAAGAUGUGGCCGCAAACACCAUUUGAAUGGCAAUACCCAUCAGCUUGGGGGAGGGGCUCAAAUAUUUUAUUGGGGAGGGGACGAAGGGACCUUGGCCCCGCAGGAGUUGGCUCCUAUGCACUCAGGGCACUUCCAGACUGUCGACGUUUUCAGCUGGGAUUCUAUCACCUUCCAGCAAAUUACAACUGAUGGGAUGGUUGUGCACAACAAACCCACUUUCCUGAAAGUUUUUUGCAACAAGGAAAGUGGCAGGAAAAUAUACCUGGGAAAAUACGAGAUAACACCUGCUUGGAUGCAGCCUCAUCUAACCUCCCCACAAACAAAUCAGAAUGAAUGGUCAUUAAAUAGCCAGUCUCAUCUGAUCUCCCUGCAAACAGCCAGGAUGCUCAAUAAACAGGCCAGCUGAUGUCCCAGGAGAAAAAUGGAUCUUCCAUUGCAUUAUGUGUGUGACAAGAAGCAUUCCUACCAAAUCACAUUACUGGUCUGCCCAGAGUACAUACUGGGAGAGAUGGAGCAUGCAGCCCUGAAGGCAAUGGUGACUUUUGGGCUUUGUAUUCAUUCCCCUCCUCCAAUACUCAUUGGUUGAGAGGUCCACUAAUAGCCUCUUACUGACAACCCCAGAAGAUCCUGUGUCAAGACCUAGGCAAUAAGUCCCGCUUCCUUCCUUCCUUCCUUCCUUCCUUCCUUCCUUCCUUGUGUUUUAUUCUCAACAAAGGAGAGAAGCUCCAUGGAAAUGAAUUAAUUGUAGAGUCUGUCUGGAAAAGGACCAUCUCUGAUGGAGUCUUCAUAAUCAUCAGCAGCAUUAGCAAUAAGACAAAAGCUGUAAACAAGCUGGCUGCAAAGGAGCUCAGCAAAUUGGUCUCAAUUACUUGCCUAUCUUGGGGAGAGAAAAAUUAAAGUGGCCUUUUAAGUGCAGAGAGACGUGUUGAAUGGAAAUCCAUUGUUAUAAAUUAGAACAGCAGCACAUGGUCACAGAGAGAAAGCAAAGAGGUAAUAUGCUUUGUGUGUCCCUUGCAUUGCUUAAUAGAGCCUGUAGCAAAUUGCAUUCCAUUCUACAGGUAAAUGGUGUUUCUUUUUCUCCCCUUCCUAUUUUUGCUCACAAGCACUGGAGCCAAUUUGAGACUGUUGCUACUUUGUGGGUGAGAUUCAGUAACGUAGUGACAAAUUUAGGUUCCUCAGUUGAAGUGGCUUCGGCGCUCUUGCAUAUCAAACCCCCUCCCCAAGGACAUUUUGCAAUAAGUAAGGGGGUGAAAAAAGACACUAAAAGGUGAGGUAUAACCAUCCCUUGAUGCAAUGUCGUAUAACCUUUGCUGAUUGUUGUGGCGAUCACACAGGGUCCCCGGACGUUUCACCAUCUCUUGAUCCCUGUGCCACCAUUUUAUUUCUCGCUGCCACCACCCAGGCCCUACCUGAUACAAUACUGAGUCCAGUCAGGGUUAAAUUGGAACAUAAACUUCUGUUUAUUUAUUGCAGUUUAACAAGCGUGUGGUUUCAUAAAUAGUAUCGGUCAAUUACAAUCAUGGGGUGCCUAUCCAGACCUAUAACUUUUGCUACCUGCUCUCACUCACUAAACCACCUCUCAGAUAUUUACUUGUCUUCCUAGCCCCUAACUGUUCCUGACUCAGCUUAUUUCACUACACUAACUCAACCUACCCACAGACUCUAUCCCCAUUCACUCCCACUCCAACCAACCACCCAACUCCCAACAAACUUCUUCCUUCGCCCCUCCCAGAGCUGGUUUUAUAGCCCCUCUGACUCCACCCCCCGGGUCCUGAUUGGGUAACCUGUUUAACUAUUUCACCUCCAGCACUCUCAUAUAUUAACGUCACAAUUGUUAGCUUCAAAAAUGAUGCAAUUAGUGAUCUUAGUACUACCAGUGGCAGCACCAGAAAAAAAAUGGGAGUGGGGCAUAGAACUGGCAAAGUUGGAAGGAACCACAAGGAUCAUCUAGCCCUCUGCAAUGCAGGAAUCUUUCGCCCAAAGCGGGACUCGAACCCACAGCCCUGACAUUAAGAGUCUCAUGCUCUAUCAACUAAGCUAUGAUAUCCUUCCUCCUACCUCUCUUGUGUCAUAUUAGGUUUUGCAGCUGAGCUCUGGGAAUGGCUGCUUUCACUUCGGGGUAGAGUUUCUAAUCAGCAAAGAGCAGUACGAAUUUCCCAGGGUCGCCAUCCCACUGGUCCAGUGACUGAACCAGCCUGAGGCUCAUUGUCUUACAGCCGGCUCUCUUGGGUUCCAGUUUUCCUGCAUUUAGAGCUGUGUAAGUGUCCCUUUUAAGGACCUGCUAUCUAGUACAAGCUGGGAGCUGGAGUGUACCUGCUCCUUUCAUGAACACAUCGGUGCAUGAAAGAGGAUGCCUCCAGCCAGCUGUUGAGUUGGAUUAAGUUAUUCAUCCCUAAGACGUCAGGCUGUUUAGCAAUUAAUAAUGAAAAGGCAUUGCGUGCAUUAGAAUAACUGCUAUGGUUCUGCAAGGGGGGAAAAAAGAUGCAAGAAGUAUUAUCUUAGCAAAUGCCCUACAGCUUUGUGGAAGAGCAGGAAGAGAGAAUCUUCCUGGAGCUCUCAAAUCAAUACCCACAGUAACAAUGGCAGGUUGUGUUCUUUGAAUGUUCAGAGUUGCUCACUUCUGAAUUCUGCGGUUUAAUACAGAGGAGAUAUUCUGAGCACCCAUCUGGCCCAAUUUCGUUGAAUGUGUUUCAGUUAUUGGGGCUUGUGGAGAAGGUAUUUGGUCAAGGCCAGCUCUCUGUCUUUGCCUAUUACGGCAACUAGCAGUGAAAGGGCAGUUGGCUGGUCCCAGGAAGCUGUAAAUGUCUCCAUAAAGAAGCAGUUCUUAGAGACCUGUACUCAAAAGAUGUUGACAACUACAGCCUGGUGGCUAAAGGCUUCUCUAGAUGUCCUCCAUAUUGUGCUUUCAUGAUGAUUGGUUCUCAUGAUGCUAUAGGGACAUUCACACGUGAUGACGCUUUCAAUACUUGUUGCACCUGCAGAGGUUUUGGGCUGGUCCUAUUGCUUCAUUUCCAAACAGUGCAUGUUCUAUAAGUGGGCAUGGUGGGCAUAGGUGCCAACUCAAUGAGGCCCUGGCUCCUUUGCUCCUCCAAAAAAUAUUUAGGUCCUAGAGCCAGUGUGCCAAGGGGACCUUGCCUGUGGAGCAAGGCUGAGAGCUUAAAAGCUCUCUUUGCGCUGGGUAACUCCAAGUGGAUGAAUGCUUGGCCUUGCUCCAGCAAGGCCUGCUCAGUGUGCCAGUUCUGGCCUCCCUCUCAUCAUCCGCCUUAUUGAAGGCAGGCUGGCUAGCUGCGAGGUGGCUCCAAGAGCAACGUGAUUCUGACCAGACGCGAAUUUUGUGUGUCCGUGUUACCCGUGGAACCGAACCCCCAUGUAAGAUGCUGGUGUGCUGUUCAACGUGCCUGUAUUAGGUACCUCAGGCCAAAGCAUCGUUUCCAUGAUGAUUUAUAUACGUGUGGGUGUAAAAGACUAUUUCUUUCUCUUGCAGGGUUACCUCUCGGAAGGGCUGGUGACAAAAUGGUAUCGAUCUCCUCGCCUGCUGCUUUCACCAAACAACUACACCAAAGCAAUUGACAUGUGGGCAGCUGGUUGCAUUCUAGCAGAGAUGCUGACAGGAAAGAUGCUUUUUGCUGGUAGGUCUUCAGUUCUUGCUGGUAGGUCUCAAAUUUUCUUUCUUUCUUUCUUUCUUUCUUUCUUUGGUGGAAAGAAGCUUGUUUAAAUGCAAUAGCUCAGCCGUGGAUGUCCAUUUAGGCUGAGCGUAAAAUGCUGAGCAUUUCAGUUGGCUUUCAGAUUACCAGGUAUUUUGCAGGUAUGAUUCAGUUGUACACAGUCGUACCUUGGUUGUCAAAUGGAAUCAAUUCCGGAAGUCUGUUUGACUUCCAAAACAUUCGCAAACCAAGGCGCGGCUUCCGAUUGGCCCCAGAAACAAUGCCGACAGCCGAAACAGAUGUUUGGCUUCCAAAAAACGUUCGCAAACCAGAACACUUACUUCUGGGUUUGUGGCAUUCGGGAGCCAAAACAUCCGAGUACCAAGGCGUUCGACAACCAAGGUACGACUGUACUGGUGAAUUUAGGUUGCGCAGUUGAAUCCGGCAGUCUUGUGCAACAAACCACUUAAGAAACCAAAACACCCUGGGGUUUUUUGCAGAUUAGGAACGUGAUGGGAAAAUAUACUGGAAAGUGUGGGAUAAUGGUAAAGAGAAUUGAAAGUGGGAUUGCGAAUAACUGCCUGGAUAGCAUCACAAGCACAAAUCAUCAGAAAUGCACAAUAGGAAGGAUGCCUAGAGGGGUCCAAAAUGCUUAUAAAAAAAAUAACCUGGCGAGAACAAUAAGUUUCCCCGCCUGUUGAAAAGCUGUUGUCCGAGUCCAUCGCCAGCAGCUGGAAACGGGGCCAUCCAUAUUUGUUCAGGAAUCGAGUGCACCCCCUGAUGCUACUUAACAAAUAAACAUCCCUCCUUUUCGGUUUGACCCAACAGCCUUUCUUUCAUCUCUGCUUUCAUGGUGGUUAUUAUUAUCCUAUCCUUGCCCAUUAUUUGUUUUGCAAGACUGCAGGAUUUUGACACUCUGGGUAAGCUGGCUGCAUGCAGCUUUCUCUAAAUAAAUAACAAGGUUCAUUAAUAAUGGAUUCGAACGCUUGGCCUUCCAAAAUAUUUCUGCUCUGAAGACCUGGUAGCGUUGGCUGUGCAUAGACUAAGGCCUUGUCCACACUCCUGUUUGCCCUGCACCUCGGGGUUUUCCACUGGCCCUGUGCUUUCUAAGCAUGGGUCUGAGAGGUUUUGCCUUUCCCUCACCGCUCCCCCCCAACCCCCCCCCCCACUUUUACAGAGAUAGUUCCAUAUCUUCCAAGUUCCCUGUUUUAAGAGGGAUGUCCCCACUUUCUUUGAAGACUCCCUUUGUCCUGGGGCACUCAAGUUUUGAGUGACAGGUGGUAUCUAUUACAUGUUCUAGGAUUUUCUAUUUAUUUAUUUAAUCAGUUUUUCAAUACAAACAACAACCAAAAAAACCAUAUACAACAAAAACCACAAUAACACUAAUAACACAAUUUAACAAUUCAGAUUUGACUACUGAUAUACCUAUAACUACACCUUUUUAACAAUAUUUCCCCACCUCUCCUCCCCCUACUUCCCACCACUGUCCGCCUUAUCACUUAAGUAUUCCUUCCAGAUUUCUUCAUAUUUAUCCAUUCUUAAUUUGCGUCGAUAUGCAAUUCGUUUGUAGGUAACUAGUCUGUCCAUAUUGCCAAUCCAUGUGCUCAAUGGGAUCUUUUUGUCCUGGGGCGCCCAGGUUUUGCGUGAUAGGUGGGCUUUAUUACAUGUUCUGGGAUGUGUCUUUUGAGUACAGGUUAGGUAAUUAUGACUUGACAGUGUGGGAAUGUUCAGGGAGGCAGGAGAGGAUAUAUUGUUUAUAAUAUCCUUCCUAACUUUCGUUAGCAAGUUCCUUUACUUAGCAGAGUUUACAUUCCCCUUUUACAUGCACAGCAGAUAGCUGGCUGCAGGCUUGUGUAAGCCUCUCACUAUUAUACAAUUCAAUCUGUCUGAGACUGAAUUGUACGUUCCUGGUAAGCUUGCAUGAAUCCCUCUUGAAAGAAUAAAGACGCCACAAUCUUAUUUAAAGCCAAUAAAAGAAGUUUGCUUACAUCCGGAAGAGCACAGUGUGAUCCCUGAAGGCAGACUUAGUUACAAAUAAGUACAUGUGGAUCUACCCCAUAUGGCUAGCAGAGCAUUCCUAGCUAAGAAGCUGAUCCAACGAGGAAGGAAGUGAAAAAGAGAGAGGUGUGCUGCGUGACUCGUCCUUUUGUUACCUGGACAGGUUAGGUCACGCCCACCUUCUAUCACAUGCAAAGGAAGGAUGCUCCAGCCAGGAGGAACAGGAAGUUUCGACUGGCUGGACCAAACAUUCCCUUGCAUGUAUUCUCUAGGAAAACAAGGAAUGUUGUGUUUGGACUGCUCUCAGUGGAUUACAUCCCACAGAGAGAAGAAAUAACGUCCUUUUUAAUUUCAGUCUUCUUUCAUGUAAUCUCACCUGACACAUUGAUCUCAUUUUCAAAAGGCACCACUGAGUGGUGUAAACCACUCAUGAGAGACAACAAAACCAAUAGCUGAGUGCUGAAUCCAACGUUAGUAAUAUUCAGAGCAGACUCAUUGAAAUGAAUGGACAUGACUAGCUUAUUUCCAUUAAUUUCAGUGGAUCUACUCUGGGUAAAACUAUGUUGUAUACAACAUAGGAAAAGAGGAAAAGAAAACAGAGAGAUAAAUAAAAAAAUAACGUUUGUAAAAAAAACACAACAAAAAAACCUAGAAGCUUUUCUCUUGGGAAUUAUAGGGAUGAACUACCUAAAUUGUAUAGAAAUUUACUUGUGUAUUUCACUUGCUCCAAAAUGGAAAGAAGUCCCAGCAAAGGAAGAAUGGAUACAAAACCUUAUGGAAUAUGCAGAAAAAGCAAAACUUACCAGAAGAAUAAGAAAUCGAGAUAACAAACUUUUUAUAAAAGAAUGGAAAUGGUUUAUUGAAUAUUUACAGAUAAAUUGUAAACAGAUAAAAAUACUGGCAGGAUUAUUGUAAUAACCUGCAGCUACAUAAAUGUUUGUAAAAUCAAUGAAAUGUAUAUAUCUGAAAAGUAUAACUAUUUUUUUAAAAAAAACAACAACCAUAAAUAAAAAUUCCUGCAGCGUGAUUAACAAUAGGCUUCCUGAAUAAGGAGACUUUUUAUCUGAUGGUGGAAGCUAAAAUGAGCAGGUGCUGAGUAGAAUCCUAGAACUGUAGAAUGAAAGGGAGCCUCAGCGAUCAUCUAGUCCAGCCCCCUGCAAUGCAGGAAUUGUAGCUAAACAGCUGAGGUCCAUGAGUGGUCUGGGCAGCCCAGAAUGCCCUGCCCAGGCUCCUGGCCUGAAGGUUGAUUGUAUGGUCACAUAGUUCUCCAGGCAAAUAUUCCCUGUACCUAGAAAAGUAGCUUGCCAUGCUAGUCUAGACUCUGUCUCUGACACCUAAUUUUGUAUGUGCAGGGAUUUUGUGGAGGAGCAUUCAAUCUUGUGAGCCACCACUUUUGACGUGCCUUAAGUGGUGCAGUCCAAACGCACUGCUGGGAACAGCGAGUGCAAAACUCGGGUGAUGUUGAUGGCUUCUGGAGUGGUAGAUCAGAGUUGCCACUGGUCUGCCGCUUCAUAAUUUGGCUAAAACUGUUGCAGAGAGAGUUGUUUUGAGCUAAGGGAUAAAAGAAGAAGAAGAAGGUACUGCUAAAUCUAUUCUGAGUGGGAUUUGGUUUGUUUGGGGCCCGGGGAGAGGGAGACAGCAUGUCCACACAUUCUUCAGCACCCCUCCUUGCAACCCCCAGCUAGGACAUGUACAAUUAGAGCUGUUGUUUUAAAAUAAAUAGUCAAGUGCUUUCCAGUCGUGCUGAGGAUGUGCUUCUCCACCCAAUUAAGCUAUGGGAAGCAGGGGAAGAAAUGGAAAAUGAGUCAACUGAUUCUGUGAUCACAACAUCGGUUCCCUCCUGUGAAAGAGCGAGGGGGGGUUGGGGAAUGCAGGACAUAGCAAGGCGAUGCGUUGACCUGUGUAUCAAAAUACUGACCUGACCAGACUCCAGAAUGUUAGUGCAAAUCUGCAGAAUAUUCUUAUGCAAGAACUGAUUUGCUCCCAGCAGUUUCUUCAGACGAUAAAUAAUGGUGAACACGCACAAGUGUGGCCGCGCCAUAAAUGUGUCCAAAGUUCUCCAGACUUACUAGUGUCUGAAGAUAUAUGUAAAUAGUAGACACGUUUCUCUUCUAAAGGGCACACCAAAAUUAGGUACAUGCUAUGAGCAUUCCCACCAGGGAUGCGGGUGGCGCUGUGGUCUGAACCACUGAGCCUAGGGCUUGCCAAUCGAAAGGUCAGCGGUUUGAAUCCUCGCGAUGGGUUGAGCUUCCGUUGCUCAGUCCCAGCUCCUGCCAACCUAGCAGUUUGAAAGCACGUCAAAGUGCAAGUAGAUAAAUAGGUACCGCUCCGGCGGGAAGAUAAACGGUGUUUCUGUGCGCUGCUCUGGUUCACCAGAAGUGGCUUAGUCAUGCUGGCCACAUGACCCGGAAAAACUGUCUGCGCACAAAUGUCAGCUCCCUCGGCCAGUAAAGCGAGAUGAGCACUGCAACCCCAGAGUCGUCCACGACUGGACUUAACUGUCAGGGGUCCUUUACCUUUUAUGAGUAUUCCCACCUUUAUAGCACCUUGCCUUCUGUGGCUGGUGUGGGCAUAUGCGUACCUUUCAAAUGAACAGUACAAGGGGGUUUCUAGAUGACCUGUUUAGAAGCCACUCAUUCUGACUCAUUUGCACCAAGUUUGCAAAAGAUUAUACAACAUCACGUCAAGCAAUUAUUACCCUAAUCUUCCUAGUGUAUUUCCCAGUCACUUUCUUUAGAGCAGAAAGUCUGAUUGUUUUUGGAAGCAAGUUUCUUGCAUGUCAAAUCCAUUUUGGUUGGGCAACCCAAAUUUGCUGGCGUGCAGCUGAAAUUCCACUGGCAAAUUAGCCUUGAUGUGACCCAAGAGGCUAUUGUCAUGGUGUUCAGUGGCAGAGUGUGUACUUUGCAUGCAGACAACCACAGAUUUAACCCCCAAUAUCUCCAGUAAAGGUUCUCUAGGAGGAAAGUUAGGACAGUAUCUAUAAUGGCUUUCAAACACAUGCAUAGGUACCAUAAUUUUCACACAUGACUUUACCACGUGUACCGCUCCCUCACCUGAUAUAUUGGAGUCAGACCUAUUGGGUGAUCAUGCUCAGCAUUUUCUACACCUAUGGGUAGUGGCUCUCUGGGAUUUCAGGCAAGGGGCUCUCCCAGCCCUAUGUGGAGAUUUCAGGAACCUGGGACCUCCUACCUUGAGAUCUACUACCAAUCUGUCUUGUCCAUACUGCGCUAGAUGGAUCAGGUAUUGUCCCCAGCAAAAGAUGGCAUCAUUUAUUCAGAAAUUCAGUAUAUCAGCACAUACAUGGGUCCCUAACACUGUACUUACAUUUACCAGGGAUAGCUAUUGCUCCUUAUUCCAUAUCCAUAAUUGCUGCUGUGUAUAUAAAGGGUCUUAAUAAAGCUGGUCCAUUUUAGCCUGUCCUCAUGAAAUCAUAGAGCUUGAAGAGACUAGGAGACUAUCAAACCCAACCCCUUCUUCAUGCUCCAUUCCCCUCAUCUUCAAUUAACUCACAUAAUCCACUUUUUUAAGAGGGCGACCUCAUUCGCUAGCAUGCGAGAGCGGUGAGCCACUUUCAAGAGAUGAGACCCCAACCUAAUUCCUGCAUGGCUGUUGGAAGUAGGCAAUUUCAGCUGCUAAAAUAAUCAUGAACGCAGAUCUGGAGUUUGUUAAUUAUUUAGGCAACGUUAAUGAGACUCCAACAAUAAAAAAACCCAACCCUCUGUUGUGGUAGUUAUGCUCUCAGUCUGACCUGGACAUCUCUGGCUAAUGGUCCUCAGAAAUAAAUGCACAAAACGAUCUAAUGAAAUGCACCCUGUGUUAACUUAUUUUGUUUUUGCUGUAAACCUCCUUGCUUUACUUUUUGUCCUUCAGCUAUUACUCUUAUUAAGUUGCACUGAUAGCCAGUUCUGAACAUUUGGUGGUCGUGGUGGGGGAGAGAACAUGCAUAGAUGGUCCUCUUCGCAGCAGGUGAUUGUGGACUUCACAGUGUCCACACGAUGUCACCUUCAUCAAAAUGCCAUUCUAUGUGAUUUCCCCAUCUAAUCUGGAUUUAUCAUUUCUUCAGUAAAUCAAUCAAACAAACAAACAAGCCUGGGCAACAUUAAAUCCAGAUAAAAGGAGUGGGAAUGGAAUGGCAUUUUUAUGAGGAUGAUGUUGUGUGGAUGAUGUGGAAAACUUGCAGGCAUAAGCAGCACCAAAUCCACAAAAAAGUUGCUUUGUGGAAGCACCCAAAGGACCCUCCCCCCCCAUUAGUUAUCUCCCUUGUUACGGAAAUUACCGGGGGGGGGGCACAUCUUUAAAGUUAAAUAUUACAAAUAUUACAAAUAUUAUGCCUGAAUGUAUCCUUUCGACUUGACAGCUCAGGGAAAUUACCUAGCUUUAAAAAUAAUAUAAAAUCAUCUCCUUUCCCAGUUUCCUCCAUUCCAAAGCUAUUUUCCCGUUUAAAAAGGGCUCCAGGAAGUUCCCAGAGGUGACAAUUGCUGGGCUCAUUUUUAGCCAAAGGAAGCCAAAUCUCAUCGCCUGACUCGCCUCAGGCUCCAGACAUGCAAAGGAACUUCCAUUGUACUUUUGGGUGGUGGGUACUUAAGACAUAUUUGUCUAUGCUAAUAUUAUACCUGAGUCUUGCCCUGCCAUGUCUGCUUAUGCUAAUCUUGUACCAAGGACUUGUCUGGACAUGUUUGCCAAGGUUAACCCCUCCCUUUUUGUCACAUGUCAGUGAUGUAGCAAUGAUGCUGUACGAACUGUAUUCUGGAAUAUGGUGGGAAAGUUUUAAAAGUCUUUGUCACCCCAUCCUCGGGGUUCAAAUUUGCUCUUUGAACCUAUUGCGCAAUAAACUUUGGUCUACAGCUAUUUGCUCCAGUUGGCUGGACUCCUUCCUUUAUUCCGCAGGGACCCACGGGCUCUGCCCGAUGAGCUGGGUGACUGAGCAGCCUCGCACCUAGAUUUUUUCCAUAACACCCUUAACAAAGCCUCUCUUCUGAACCACCAGUGGUGACUGGUGCCCAUUGCAUCUUGUAGGGCAGAUGGAAGGGAAACCAACAAUAGGCAGAGCCACAACUGUCCUGCUAAGAGGUGCAAGGCACAGAAAGAAGUUAUUCAUUGAAUUGUUAUGGAAGUUGCACAGCCAAUUGGUGGACUGUGCUUAGAUCUCUUGGCUGUUUAUUGUGGCACAAAAAACUGUUGUCUUCUCCCACCUAGUGGCAAAAAAGAACCAUGAGCUUAUAGUCCUUGUCUCUGAGAGUUCUUAUAGAGCAUUCAUCCACAUUUAUUUCCAUUAAGUUUGUGGGGACGUUAUAUGAUGCCUGCUGUUUACUGAGCCUUCAUCCGAUUUGUGCGUAGGUUUUAAGACACAGCAUCAAGAGAUUGUUAUGUCACACAUUAUAGUAUAUUUUUCUGCCGCUUUCCUUACCUCAAAAGAACAAAAGGAGCAACAACAAUUUUGGGAGGCGUGAGUUUUUUGUGAAAGAGCACCAAACCCACUUUAAUCAUGCAACUGAACUCUGCUGGUAUAGACCUGAAUCUUGAGGGCAUAGCUACACUCCAAGUUUUGUAUUAUUUUUUAAAAAAUAAUUUUUAUUAACAGACCAAUCAAAUCAAAUCAGAUCACAUAAAUUCCGAAUUACAGAGCCUAAUUUUAAAUUUUUGUUGGGGGUACCCAUAUUUCAAGUUCCGAAAGGGAUCCAAUCCUCUUGUUGCUGCUGCUUUAAACGUCCACAAAUCUGUCCAAAUAAUGUUCACAUUUCUGUCCAAUCCUUUCUUGCUGUUUUCCACAUCUCUUCUAGUUGUUUUCAUAUAUUUUUCCUUUCUCUUUGUCUUUGUGGCCUCUGAUAGUCUCCAUAAGCGGGUUGAAACAAAUUUGUAUUCCUGUGUGGAUUUUUCCGUUCGUCCAAGGGUCAUAUUUCAGACAGCUACCGUAUUUCAUCGCUUCCAUAAAGAAAAACAUUCUUGCUGUCUACUCUUAACUUUUCACAGGUCUGUCCUCUCUUUCUCAGUCCUCGAGGAGGUUCUACCAGGAAUCCAAUAUGAAAACAAAGCUUCCUCCUCCCGAUCAUGAAUCUUUAGACAGAACCUGUCAAAAUGGCAACUCCCUUUUUGUUGCUGCGCCAUCAAAAGCCCUUGUUCUUUUUCUCGAUCUCACAAGCCAAACUUCCACACAGUUUUUAAUCAUCCUGCUUAGGUUGGUUAUGCGACGGUUCUUUUUGGGGAGGGGUUAUUGAUUAAUCACAUAGAAGAAAAGAAAAAAAGUCCCCCCCCAUCCAGUCCCGCUCCGGCAUACUGAACCUGGUGUAUUUUCUUCAUGUUGUAUUCCAUUAAAUCAUUUCACAGAGGUUACUUCAGUUAGCAGUCUUCACUCCCAUUCUUCACUUGAAAUAUGUGCAUUUGCUUCUUUUCCAAUUAUAUAUUUCGAGCUGAUGCAAACCAGUGCGCGAUCAGAGACAGCAUCCGGGAGAGCCGGACCCACCCGAGGGCUUUGUGCCUAGUGCCCUCACCCCCUUCUUUCGAAUCUGGGGGUGAAUUAUGGACACAGCAGGCAAGGCAGCGUUCCCCAUUCCCUUGGGGCAACGAAGGGAGGCUGCAUACUCCCAUAUCAGCCUCUUAAUUACCUCGUGUGGGUCGGAGAGAUGUUAUUGUUGCCCAUCUUCCAAUGCGCCCCCUGGUGGCCCCCCACUCCAAGUUUUGUAUUGAAUUAAUCUCCUUCUGACUCCUGCUUCCAAGGAAGCUGAAUGCUGGAGAAUUUCAAAACAGAUUUUUUUAAAAAGCACAUAUUCACGCAACACAUAGUUAAAUUGAGGAACUCACUCUGAAAGGAGACAGCAAUGGCCACCAACUUGGGUGGCUCUAAAAGAGGAUAAGAAAGUCAUGGGGGAGAUGGCUAUUGAUGGCUACUAACCAUGAUGGCUAGACUUUGCCUCCACAGCUGGAAGCAGUAAUGCUUCUGAAUAUCAGUUGCUGAAGACCAUAGGAGGGGAAGGGGCCAUGUGCUCGGGUCCAGCUUAUGGGUUUCCCACUGGCAUCUGGUUGGCCACCAUGAGAACAGUAUGUUGGACUAGAUGGGCCGUUAGCGUCAUCCAGCAGGUUCAUCUUAAGCUCUUAUAGUAUACCUGAAGGAGCGUCUCCACCCCCAUUGUUCUGCCCGGACGCUGAGGUCCAGCGCCGAGGGCCUUCUGGCGGUUCCCUCAUUGCGAGAAGCAAAGCUACAGGGAACCAGGCAGAGGGCCUUCUCGGUAGUGGCGCCCGCCCUGUGGAACGCCCUCCCAUCAGAUGUCAAAGCAAUAAAUAACUACCUGACAUUUAGAAGGCAUCUUAAGGCAGCCCUGUUCAGGGAAGCUUUUAAUCUGUGAUAUUUUACUGUAUUUUUUGUUUCUAUGGAAGCCGCCCAGAGUGGCUGGGGAAACCCAGCCAGAUGGGCGGGGUACAAAUAAUAAAUUAUUAUUAUUAUUAUUACUGAAGGAGCAUCUCCACCUCCACUGUUCAGCCCGGACACUGAGGUCCAGCUCCGAGGGCCUUCUGGUGGUUCCCUUACUGUGAGAAGUGAAGCUACAGGGAACCAGGCAGAGGGCCUUCUCAGGAACGCCCUCCCAUCAGAUGUCAAGGAAAUAAGCAACUAUCUGACUUUCAGAAGACAUCUGAAGGCAGCCCUGUUUAGGGAAGUUUUUAAUGUCUGAUGUUUUAUUGUAUUUUUAAUAUUUUGUUGGAUGUUGCCCAGAGCGGCUGGGAAAUCCCAGCCAGAUGGGCAGGGUAUAAGUAAUAAAUUAAUCAUCAUCAUCUUCAUCAUCAUCUUAUGUGCUGGCCUGGUUGGUAAACGUGCUGGCUAAGCAGACACCUGCAGUCAGCUGGACUGAAACCUCUGCUCAUCAGUUGGUUCCCUGUGGAAAAUGAGCUCUAGUGAAGCAGAUCCAUCCACCCACCCACCCAGUUCGACUCUGAGAGGUGGGCAGGACUGCCCUCUUCUCAGUCACCAGACACCAUCAUGGAGUCAGAUGAUUGACAGGUGGGUGACUUUGUCCACCUAUCAAAGUUGGCCCAUGAGGAGGGGGCGCUAAAGAUCUGACAUGCCAGCUCCCCAAAAUUCUGUACUUCUCCUGUAGUACUAAUUCUGUUCAGCAUUGCAUCCUACCCAGCCCCAUGUGUUUUGAAGUGAUAUGAAUACGUCAUGUUUGCUCUGUGGUGGCUCAUUAGCACAUGCCAAAGCUAUCAAGUGGUGGAAUGCACACGUGAGCAAGGCCAUAGGCGCCAGAGAUCACAAUGUCACCCUUCUGAGCAACGUUCUUUUUGUUCGUUUAGGAAGCCACGAGCUGGAGCAGAUGCAGCUCAUUUUGGAGACCAUCCCUGUUUUCCACGAAGAGGACAAGGAGGAACUGCUCAAAGUGAUGCCGACAUUCGUCAACAGCACCUGGGAAGUGAAGAAGCCGUUGCGGAAGCUCCUUCCUGAAGUGAACAGCAAAGGUAGAGACUCGGUUCCACAUCUGCUCGGAUCCAAGGGUGGGCUCCUUUGCUGGAAAGCAUUUGGUUCCUAGUGGGGCUGUCCCAGAAAAAAUGGGGCAUUCUGUUUUCUCCUGUGAGAGAGCACGGCGGCCAUUUUGGGCACUGUGCUCUUGCGUGAUUUCAGGCUGAGCUCUUGCCCUGAAGAAAGCACAUUUUCUUGUACAGCAUCCCAAAAUGUGUUUUUUUGGGUGUCGUACUGGGGGAAAAAAAGAGGGAUGCGGGUGGCACUGUGGGUUAAACCACAGAGCCUAGGACUUGCCGAUCAGAAGGUCGGCGGUUUGAAUCCCCAAGACGGGGUGAGCUCCCAUUGCUCUGUCCCUGCUCCUGCCAACCUAGCAGUUCGAAAGCACAUCAAAGUGCAAAUAGAUAAAUAGGUACCGCUCCAGCAGGAAGGUAAACGGCAUUUCUGUGUCUCUGGUUUCGCCAGAAGUGGCUUAGUCAUGCUGACCACAUGACCUGGAAGCUGUACGCCGGCUCCCUCGGCCAAUAAAGCGAGAUGAGCGCCGCAACCCUAGAGUCGGCCACGACUGGACCUAAUGGUCAGGGGUCCCUUUACCUUACUGGAAAAAAGUGCUUGGGGGGGUGCCCUCUCAUGCGGGUCAUGUGACUCGUGUGGGACUACAGCCCUGGAAGAUGGCAUCCUGUUUUUUUGUGGCAAAAGCCUUGGAGGAUAUGCUUUCUCGAAAUUCCAAAUGUGCCCACUGGCUCAAAAAAAGAAAGAGAAAAAAAGGCAACCCCUGGGUUAGAGACGUUAGGGCUUACUUCUGAGUCGACAUGUAUAGGAUUUCUUUCUCUCAUGCUUGUUAGACCUGACUUUCUUCGACUGUGACUCCUGUCCUUUCCAAAAAUAAGUAACAUCCCCAAGACUCACCGUCCUUCCAAAGCUUGCGCAACACUCCCAUUAAAUAUAAUUAAGAGCUUUACAUCUGAAUCAAGGACAAUUACAUUCAAUAAUUAAAUAGAAAUGGAGCUUAAAGGUGAAGUCUUUGUCUGAUUUCAGAGUGACUGUUCUUAUCAUGCAUAUAAGUGUUCCCAGGUGACUCUGUCUUGGGGACUAAGAACUGCUGACCUGAUUGUAUUAACUUGCCCCUCACAGCCAUCGAUUUUCUGGAGAAGAUUCUGACAUUCAAUCCCAUGGACCGGCUGACCGCAGAGAUGGGUUUGCAACACCCUUAUAUGAGUCCCUAUUACUGUCCUGAAGAUGAGCCCGUUUCUCAGCACCCGUUCCGGAUUGAAGACGAGAUUGACGACAUUUUGCUGAUGGAAGCGAACCAAAGCCAGAUGUCCAACUGGGACAGGUACAUUAAUUCACAUGUUAUUCACGUGUUCUGCUGCUGAGCUGCUUCUUUUGCUCCUUUGAGACCAGUUUCCGAGAGUCUCAAGCUGCAAUCCUGUACUGAGCUUCCUUGGAGAGUAGGGUUGCUGGAGAAUUUUGAUGGAAAUGGUAGUAGAACCAUUAGCUGGUGAAGUUUGGGAUAGCAGUGGCAAUUUGCCCUUGCAAGGAUAGUAAGCCUGUUUGGAUGACCGGUUCUUGGAAACCGAUGGAAACUGAGGGGUUCCUGAGUGCUCUGGAGGAUCUUCUAAUGGAAAAAGUUGGUGGUUCUGCUGAAGAUGGAGUUGGUAGAACCACUUCUGAGUGUCUUCUCUGUCUUUGUGGAACCCUGAUAGCUUCUCAGUAUUCUGGAGAGAUUCAGGCUAUGAAGCAAGCUGGACAAAGACUAGUACACAAAUGAUGCAAGUUUCACUCCAAAGCUAAUACAGUGGUACCUCAGGUUAAGUACUUAAUUCGUUCCGGAGGUCCGUACUUAACCCGAAACUGUUCUUAACCUGAAGCACCACUUUAGCUAAUGGGGCCUCCUGCUGCUGCCACGCCGCCAGAGCACGAUUUCUGUUCUCAACCUGAAGCAAAGUUCUUAACCUGAAGCAUUAUUUCUGGGUUAGCAGAGUCUGUAACCUGAAGCGUAUGUAACCUGAGGUACCACUGUAGAACGCUGGUUAGUGUACAUAAUUGUCAGAAUAGAAGGCCCAUUUUGCAGCUUGCAUUGUAUUCUCUAGUAGCCAGCCAGUUGGAGUUAUUUCAGAUGGUCCAAAGGUUACUGACUCCCAAUGAGGCACAAAGCAAAGCAGGGAGCUAGGGCCCGUCCCAAUUUCUGGAAAAUAUAUUCAGUGAAAGUAAAUAAAUAAAUUCUAAAUUUGCUUAAAUGGGAGUAUGCGCCUGACCCUUAGCUGUGCGUCUAACGUUGUCACUUCGAACACACAGGUACCAAGUCAGCUUAUCCUCGGAUUUGGAAUGGCGACAAGAGAAGUGCCAUGAUUUGGAGGAGGUGCAACGAGAUCCCAGAGCGGGGUCGGAAUCCAUUGCUGAGGAGGCUCAGGUAGACCCGCGCAAAUAUUCCCAGAGCAGCUCCGAGAGAUUCCUGGAGCAGUCGCAUUCCUCGAUGGACCGAGCGUUUGAGGGAGAUUACGGGCGGUCGUGUGAUUACAAAGUGGGGUCGCCUUCCUAUUUGGACAAGCUCUUGUGGAGGGACAACAAGCUCCAUCAUUAUUCAGAGCCCAAGCUCAUCUUAGACUUGUCCCACUGGAAAAGGGCAUCCAUUGCACCCACGGCGGAGAUCGCCUUGGAGGAGGAACCAUCCAACCUAUUCCUAGAGAUAGCGCAAUGGGUUACAAGUACCCAGACAGGACUUGAAUGCCCAAAUCCUCUCCCAGAGAUCCAGGAGAGGAGCUUACCAUCUUCUCCUCACCAUCUCCACAAAGAACCCAAGGAGGUCAGCAGCGAAAGCGACCCCCAGUUUGACUUGGACGUCUUCAUUUCCAGGGCAUUGAAACUUUGCACAAAGCCAGAAGAUCUGCCUGACAACAAGCUCAAAGACAUCAACGGUGCAUGCCUAGCAGAACACCCUAGUGAGAUUGUACAGACGGAGGUGUACCAUAAAGAGAGGUGGUAAAAUAAUAAUAAUAAUAAUAAUAAUUAAACGUUGCUGCUGGUAUUCGUGGCUGAUUCCUUACAAAUUCUUCCAGUCUUCAUGCUAAUUACCCAAUGCUGAACAGUAACCAAGGUUUGAUCGAACGUGCUCGGUACCCGAUGUUACUGAAAUGCCUUUUUUGUUAAGGGCAGGUAGAAAACCAGGUCCCCUUCUGAUGCCUUGAACGGAAAAGGAAUCCAGAGGUGUGAAUGAAAUUUUAGGGGUUUUACGCUGCCUUAACAAUCUUGCCUUGUACCUCCAGGGGUGUGUUUUGGACAUGAGUCCCCCAUUGCGGAGGUGUUCUGGAUGUUAAACUCUUAAUCUUAUAGAGAGAGGCUGAAUUGGCAUUAUUUUGAGAGUCGUAGGACUUGAAGCCCCUGCUCGUUUGAUAACCGGGCAGCCCGGUUUUUAGUGACCUCAUGAUUUACAUUGGUAUGACACUUUUCCUGAGAGCCCGGAGCAUUUAAGGGAAGGGCUGUAGCUCAGUGGUAGGACACCUGCUAGGCAUGCAGAGGGUCCCAUCUCCGGCACCACCAGGUAGGGCUAGGAAUGACCCCCUUUAGACAAUACUGAGCUAGAUUGACUUGGCAGCUUCCAAGUUUCCUCUGUUCCACAAGGUUCCUCUCGUUCUAGCUUGGCCAGGUAGGCCUAUAGUACUCUCCUGAUAUUACAGCUAGACUUUGCUUCCUAGUUAAUUGGUGACUGAGCUGAGAGUCGGAAUGGGGAUCUCUGGCUUGUAGUUCAUGCUUGCAACCACCACACGAGCACACCCUCUUUGUCACACUUAACGAGUGGAAAGGUAGGGCUUCUCCUGAGACAUAUUUUACCAUCAUUCCUUGGAAACAAGACCGCCGUACAGCUAAAUCAGUUUGAACAUCUCAACCUUAAGAACUUUAUUUGCUUACGCAUUGCUCUUUGUCGGAUCAGGGCAAAGGUGUCAAGAUGCUUGUCAGGCCUCUAACCUCCCCUUGCCCUUCACAUAGUACCCUUAAGUCCCCUGUUCUUCCCAGCUCUCUCGCUCUCUCUGUUUGCUUUUUGCUCUUUUUUUGCAGGGCGUGUGUGCCUCAUUUGUGUGUGUGUGUGUGUUUAUUUGUUUUGGGAGAUAUGUCUGUGUUCUGCCUGGGCUUUUUUGUGUAUGUGCGCACAGGGGGUUGAGCCUUGCCAGUUUGGAUUCUGGGUCUCUUAUAGUGCCCACGACACUUUCUUAAAUUUCCAAAUGUGCCCCUGGACCUCAAAAAGUUGAGGAACCCCCACCUAGGCUAUCAAUUUCCAGACUAUCAGUAUGCAUGUUUCAGAAGCAGGUAUAUCACCCCAAACAAGCAGGCUGUCCAGGCUGAAUACAGUGGUACCUCUGGUUACGUACUUAAUUCGUUCCGGAGGUCCGUUCUUAACCUGAAGCACCCCUUUAGCUAAUGGGGCCUCCUGCUGCUGCUGCGCCGCCGCCACACGAUUUCUGUUCUCACCCUGAAGCAAAGUUCUUAACCCGAGGUACUAUUUCUGGGUUAGCAGAGUCUGUAACCUGAAGCGUAUGUACCAUGAAGCGUAUGUAACCUGAGUUACCACUGUACAGCAGUAAGAGAAAAGGACUAGGUGUUUAGGAGGAUAUCUCAGCACACAGUGGCUUGCUGGCAUUGAGGCCUUUAUGGCAUCCCUGAAGCACAGAACCGAGUUAUCAGGCUUGCCCUAGUGUUUCUUAGGAGGCAUGGCAACGGAGCCUGGCUGUUGGGAACCCCAGUUCAAGAACCCCUCCCCAAGCGCCUUACAAGCAUAGUGAAUUUAUUAUGCCGUUGCCUUAAAGCCCACCAGGAAGAGUUAAUGCCAAAGUCAGAUUUCAAAAGCGAAGCAAGGAAAAAGACUAGAAAUUCUGAAAGUUGAAUCUGAAUUCUGAGGUGCCGUCAAAUGUUGGAACUUCUGUGGAAUUUAGUUUCGCAUAUACCGUUAAACCAGGUGCUCAAACUAAGUAGUGAAGCUGAGGGCUUAAAUGUUAAGUGAUGGUCUUUUGUGCACAGACUCUCCCGCAGACAAAAACAACAACCCCCAAACAAAAGACCCCACCCUGAAAAAGAAUGCUAACAAAUCUGGGUGGUAUUCAGUUAAAUAAUUGCUCAAGCAGAAUUUCUUGCACUUGUGCAAUGGGACUCCCACACCCAAACUCUUCCCCUAAAUAUAUUCUGGGUUUUGCCCUAACCCCCUGGAGCAGAUAUGGGGAUGUGUAGGGUGAAGGCAGGGGGAAGAUGAUUACACAAAUUUGUGUAAAGUUGUUGAGGCCAAGGGUUGUAGGCCUUAACAUCUUGAAAAUGACACUCACAAAAGUUUCCUGGGAUUAGCCAAGACUGAACUCCAGCUCUUCUGCCACAGUUGUUUUUGCACUGAAGUGUCCUUGGAAGGAAAAGGAGUCAAAUGAAAACUCAAAGAAGCUUUGUAAAUAAAUGAAAAUUACACACCAUGGAUCUGCUGUAGGCUCUAUUUUCAUUCACAUUUCUGAGCACCUUAUUAAUGAAUCGGUUGAGUUUGAUUUGUAUAUUGAAGAAAUGUUAUGAACUUCUAUGUAAUCUGCCUGAUCAAUUUUUUUUUAAAAAAAGGAAAUACUGAAAAUGUGUAAUUAGCAUGCGCUUUUCUAAAAAAAAAAAAAAGAAUUACCUUCUUUGCACCAUUUUGUUCACUGGAUUAUGUAAAUUUCUUCUGGGAAAUUCAUCCUGCUUAUUAUUUAACACUUGGAAAGCUGGUAUAUGACUUCUGCUGAGAUAGUUAUUUUAUUAGCGGCAUUCAGAACGUGUGCAAGCUUUUGAGUUCCACGGAGAUCUUUUAAAAUGUGCAUUGCAUUUUCAGCUGACAGAUCUCAAUAAAAGGCAUCUUCUAUCUUGCUUGCUCU